GAGCCGGGGAUCACACCCCUGGACCGACCGGGCAGGAUCUUAAGGUAAAUGGAAUCCGAAUGUAUCCAGCAUGUGUAUUGAUACAAAUUGCACAGACUGUAAGAUUCCAAGGGGAAUGGGUGUGUAUUGGGCCAGAAUUGGGGAGAGGGGAGGGGGGGCUUGGGGUGGGGAAGCGAUCUCCGGAAUCCAGUGUGUGCAUUUGUAGGGCCUGAUCCCAUGCAGACAAUAGGGGAUUUUAUCACCCAGUGCAGACCUUUUAUUCUUAGCUAGAAUGCUGUGUAAAGGUCAGACCAUGGGGGGUCUUGUCUGAUUAGGAAUAGGGGUGCCUGCCUGGCUGGAGGGUAGGGGUGCCUGCCUGUCUGGAGGGUAGGGGUGCCUGCCUGCCUGGCUGGAGGGUAGGGUAGCCUGCCUGGCUGUAGGGUAGGGUAGCCUGCCUGGCUGGAGGGUAGGGUAGCCUGCCUGGCUGGAGGGUAGGGGAGCCUGCCUGGUUGGAGGGUAGGGGAGCCUGCCUGGUUGGAGGGUAGGGGAGCCUGCCUGGAUGGGGGGUAGGGGAGCCUGCCUGACUGGUUGGAGGGUAGGGGAGCCUGACUGACUGGAUGGAGGAUAAGGGAGCCUGCCUGGUUGGAGGAUAGGGGAGCCUGACUGGAUGGGGGAUAGGGGAGCCUGACUGGAUGGGGGAUAGGGGAGCCUGACUGGUUGGAGGGUAGGGGAGCCUGACUGACUGGUUGGAGGGUAGGGGAGCCUGACUGACUGGUUGGAGGGUAGGGGAGCCGGACUGACUGGCUGGAGGGUAGGGGAGCCGGACUGACUGGCUGGAGGGUAGGGGAGCCGGACUGACUGGCUGGAGGGUAGGGAAGACGGACGGACUGACUGACUGGCUGGAGGGUAGGGGAGACGGACUGACUGGCUGGCUGGAGAGUAAGGGAGCCUGACUGGUUGGAGGGUAGAGGAGCCUGACUGGCUGGAGUGUAGGGGAGCCUGCCUAGCUGGGGGGGGGGGGGGGGGAAGGUGAGGGUGGUAAAGAGACCCUGCGGGGCUGGGUGGGAGUUGGGGAGCCUGCUUGGCAGGCGAUGGGAAAAUAAUGGAGUAUUAUUGUCUGGCAAGGGAUUGGGGUAUCACUCUUGGCUGGAUAUAAGUGAACCAGCCUGGCUUUGCAUGGGGUAUCGCCCCCUUCUUGGUAUACGGUAUGGUGCCCGUCUAGGUAUGGGGUUUCGUGCCUGGCUAGGUAUGGGGUAUCUUUGGUGAUAUAAUUCAUGGCAGUGGAUGGGGUAUCAAUUUUGGCAGAGUAUGAGAGUAUCUUGUCUUGCAGUGUACAGAGUAGCUUGCCUGGCUGGGGAGUCUGGUAAUAGACUGGCCUGCCUCUCUGACUGGGGAUCAGGAAGUCUUUCUUUCUGGGUUUACUAGUUGUAUUUAGCAAGCUUCCUGCCUUGCUGGGAGAGGGGGAGGGGAAGGGGGUAGGGGGGAGUUCUGGCUGUGGAGUGGGGGAAUUUCUGGCUGAGGAUGGAGCAUCAUGCCUUAGAUUGGGAACCCUGAUUUGCUGGAUUUUGAGGAGCCGGCCUGGCUGGGGAUGAGGGAGUGUGCCUUGCUAGAUUUGGGGAGGCUGCCUGGCUGGGGAUGGGGGACCCAGUAUAACCUAUUAGUUUGGAAUGAGGGAAAAUAAUGAGGCCAAAUACAGGUAAUGUAUUAACCCACUUAUAGUUGUUACUAAAGGUAACUAUCUGGAGUGCUGUUAGGUGUGACAAAGGAACUAGAGUAGAAAGAGGUGGGAUAUCUAUUCUCAAUUUAUUUAAUAUUGUUAUAUUAAUUUAUUUUUUGAUCCACACAGUGCUCCCUCAUUUCAUGGACUUCUGACCUUAAACAGCUCCAGCAUGAUACAAUGAAUCUCACUCUGCAUGUUUACUACCCGUGCUUUGCAGGAGCAUUCUGCAGGGUACAGAGUGGGUGCAGGGAGGAAAUCUGCAGGGUACAGAAUGGGUGCAGGGAGAGCAUCUGCAGGAUACAGAAUGGGUGCAGGGAGGGCAUCUGCAGGGUACAGAGUGGGUGCAGGGAGGGCAUCUGCAGGAUACAGAAUGGGUGCUAGGAGGGCAUCUGCAUGAUACAGAAUGGGUGCAGGGAGGGCAUCUGCAGGGUACAGAGUGGGUGCUAGGAGGGCAUUUGCAGGGUACAGAAGGGGUGCAGGGAGGGCAUCUGAAGGGCACAGAAGGGGUGCAGGGAGAGCAUCUGCAGGAUACAGAGUGGGUGCAGGAAGAGCAUCUGCAGGGUACAGAAUGGGAGCAGGGAGAGCAUCUGCAGGGUCCAGGAUGGUUGCUGGGAGGGCAUUAGCAGGGUACAGAAUGGGUGCAGGGAGGGCAUCUGCAGGGUACAGAAUAGAUUACUGGAGGGCAUCUGCAUGAUACAGAAUGUGGGUGCAGGGGAGCAUCUGCAGGGGUACAAGAGUGGAGUGCUAGGAGGGCAUCUGCAGGGUACAGAGUGGGUGCAGGGAGGGAAUCUGCAGGGUACAGAGUGGGUGCUAGGAGGGCAUUUGCAGGGUACAGAAGGGGUGCAGGGAGGGCAUCUGAAGGGCACAGAAGGGGUGCAGGGAGAGCAUCUGCAGGAUACAGAGUGGGUGCAGGAAGAGCAUCUGCAGGGUACAGAAUGGGAGCAGGGAGAGCAUCUGCAGGGUCCAGGAUGGUUGCUGGGAGGGCAUUAGCAGGGUACAGAAGGGGUGCAGGGAGGGCAUCUGCAGGGUACAGAAGGGGUGCAGGGAGAGCAUCUGCAGGGUACAGAGUGGGUGCAGGGAGAGCAUCUGCAGGGUACAGAAUGGGAGCAGGGAGAGCAUCUGCAGGGUCCAGGAUGGUUGCUGGGAGGGCAUUAGCAGGAUACAGAGUGGGUGCAGGAGGGCAUCUGUAAGGUGAAGAAUAGGUGCAGUGAGAGCAUCUCAGGGUAAGGAAUAUAGGCACAGGGGAGGCAUUUGCAGGGUACAGAAUAGGCACAGGAGAGCCUUCUAAGGAGCAUAUAGUGAACUCUGACAAGCUAUACUGUUUCGCUAGAUUGCCAAUCUUCUUCAUUUAUAUAUACAAGUAUUAAGUAUACGUAUAUUAUAGUAGAAAGUUGUACAUAUUUGAAUUUUCCUAGAGAGCUACGAGAUUAUGUGUGCUAGCUGAAAAGGGAUUUGUCAUAUCUAGCAAAAGCUUGUUUGAAAAGCAGGAGCCCUCAUCUACCUAUUAUUCCUGUAAUACUGUAGGCUAUGCAUUUGGCCUUAAAUGUCCCCUUUCAUAAUAUUGUAAAGCGCUGCUGAUUUAGUUGGCGCUAUAUAAAUACCAAUAAUAAUAAUAAUAUCAGUAGAGUAGUCUCUUUUCUGUAUCAUGGCAUUGUAGCUUGCUCCUUUCUAUAUGCAAUUAGAGCAGCUGUAGUAUUUUCCUGUGCCUUUAGGGGUACUACAGUGUGCCUUUGGGGUGUAUAAAUAUCAUUCGUAUAAGUAUAGACCCUUUGUCUUAUACACUAAUACAGGAAUACUGCAUCACCUAUACUGUAGAUGUGAAGUAUAUUUACCUGUACCUUAGCACCCUUAAGGGUGAGUUUGUGCACUUGUUGGACUUUUAAUAUAUUUUUAAUAUACACUGAGGUUGGUAAUCUGCCAUAUGUAGGAUCUGAACGUUAUUGAAACUACAGAUUGAAAAGUACUGCAAGUCAGCUGGUUUUAUAUAGCUUAGAAACUGUGUACUGUGGUAAAUAUGAUCUCCUAGUUGUUGGGUGUUUUGCAUACAUCUAUUUACACAUGCAUUACCCAUUGAUAAUACAUAAUAAAUGUAUGUAAUAGUUAAUACAGUUUUAACUGGAAUAAAAGUAUUGCUGUUCAGUGGUUACUGACUCAAAAACUAGCAAUCAGAAGGAAGGUUCCAUGGUCUCCAUGGUGAUUGCUCAACUUUUAGUGUUUUUCCCACAAUUGCACUUUAUAAAUAACUUCAAUACAACACUUCACAAAUGCCACUUGUGUGCAGUAUAAAUGCCUGACCAGCCUAUAUAGACUUUGAUAUUUGGACCCGGACACCUGACACAAAAAAAACUCCUUGUAGUACAUAAAAAGUUCACAUAAGAUAAUUAUUAAUAUGCACAUAAUCUAUAUCAGUUUAGAUAAGAUUACAAGCCUGUACAGCUGAUUUCUUGGUUUAUAAUCUUUAUUGUAUUACAGAAAAGCAAUUCAUGCUUCUAGCUAAUGUAGGCUACAUAUAUUUUUUUCGUCUGACAGAGCAUGCUUAUUGGCAUUGGUUACCUACCACUUUUACAUGGCUUUGUAUGAAAGGAACAACCCUCCAAAUCAAAGUUUGCCCAUUCUAUUUAUAUACAUAAUAUGUUAAAUAGUAAUGCAAAACAAUAAAAAACAUACUCUGAUUAUAUUCAUGUAUUUGCUACAAUUUCCCAAGCUUUAUAGCUUUUGCAGUGAGCAUUCACCGUCCUAGACCAAUAUGUGACUUAGCCAGUCAUAAUGCCUCCUUAGCUUUUCACAGCAAUUCUGAGCCUAUGCCAUAAGCAAGGCUUUGUUGGUACAGCAAUGGUUUCUGGGAGUUGUAGUUCACUUGUCAGCUUUUGUAAUGUACAAAGUUUAUAGCUAAACUACAUAACUCGGAAUGCAAAGGGAUACUCCAGGCACAACUGUAAUGCAUUUGAUAGGUGUAGGCCUCAUUGCUGUAUUUUUUUGCAUGCUCAAAACUUUGUUUUUGCACAAAAAUAAAUAAAAGUUUUACAGAAUGCUGAACUGUAAGCCUGCCUCCUUAGCCACGCCCCCUAAUGCCAGAAAGACUUCCUUAUCAAAUGUGUGCACAUAGUCUCAGCCCGUCAGCAGCACUAAGUGAGCACAUUUUAAUUCACAACCUGGCUGCAGAAAAACUGGAAACAGUUCAGAUCACUCAGUGUUGUCAGUGGGUGACUGAGCUUUGUUUGUACAUAUGUUUGAGGAAGUUUUUAUUUUUUAUUUUUUUGUUUGAGUGUGGGACGUUGCUACGGAGGCAAAAAAAGGCUCACCGUAUUAUUGAGUCCAAAGCCUACCAAAUGUGUUAAAGUUAUUUUGGUGCCCACAGCGUCCCUUUAAGUCGUGACUUCAUGAAUAGUAGUAUUUUUAAGCACGUGUGUGGGUGCCAAGGAGUGCUGUAUUUAACGCGAGGCAAACAAGGCAUUUGCCUAGGCGGCACUUUCCAGGGACUUUUCGACUCCAAAUACCUUGUUAGCCAUGGGGCAGACAGGUAGCUGAGUUGCAGGCCGGCGGCGAGGCAGCACUGAUUUGUGAGCUCUCUAUGCUCACGCGCCGGGAUCCGGAAUAUGACGUCACAUUCUGACUCCCGGCAUCACUCUGCUGCGUGCGAGGGAGCUGAGCAAGGAGAGCUCAUAUAUCAGCGGUCCCCCACCGCCCGCCUGGAACUCACCUGCCUGCACGCCUGCCUCCCACCAUACCCAAACAGACCGGCAAGCAGCACCACUGGAACCAAGGUAAAAAAAAAUCAACCCAGCUCUCCCAAAGGUAGGUGUGUGUCUGGAUGGCUGUUAGUGUGUGUCUGUGAGUGAGUGUAUGUCAGUGUGUGUCUGAGUGAUUGUGAGUGUGUGUAUGCCUGUCAGUGUGUCUGUAAGGGAGCCUGUGUGUCUGAGUGACUGUGUGUGUCUGUCAGUGAAUAUGUGUGUGUGUCUGUGAUGGCACCUGUGUGUCUGAGUGAUUGUGUGUCUGUGUGUCUUUGAGGGAGCAUGUGUGUCUGAGGGAGUGUGUGUGUCUGAGUAAUUGUGUGUGUGUGUGUGUGUCUCAGUGAUUGUGUGUGUGUGUGUCAGAUUGUGUCAAAUCAGUGUGUUAGGGGGUGCCCGAGUUCCGUCAUUAGGGGGUGCCCGAGUUCCGUCAUGCCUAGGGCAGCACAGAUCCAAAAUAGACCACUCAUGUCAAGAGUAUACCUUUAACUUAAUCCCUGUAUUUAUACCCAGUUAACAGCAAAUUAGUUCUGGGAAGUUGUACAUUGCUGCAUAACAGGCAGAGGCUUCUGUGUGAUUUGCAAUAAGAUAUUUCUACAGACUUCACAAUUUUGUGGCCUUUAUGUCAACAAGAAAGAUGUGAUGCUAUUGCUUUAUCAUUGGCAUUUGUGACACCGGUAACUUUGUAUAAUAAAUGUUUCGAACAACUAUAUGUGAUAUAUUGUUAAAUGGGUGAGGAAAGGUGAAAAAAUAAGUAAAAACAUCUCAGUUCAGGAGAAGAGUUUUAUAACUGGAGCAAUUAGCAGUAACAUUCCAUUGGUUUCUAUGGUGAUUAUAAUACUUUUGAAAAGUAUGUCCCAUAAUUUCUUUAUAUAAAUAGCCCUAAUUGACUAGAUUGAGUUGUUUUUCUGAGAGCUUUGACAGAUGAUACGCUACUAAAUGCAUCUCAAAGCCGAUCACUGACGUUAUAAGAAAUCAAGGUUUGCAAUCCUUUUCUAAAGAUACAUUUUUUUUUUUUGUAUGGGAAUUGAAUUUUCCCAAAGCCCGUAGUGACAUUAGAGUCCAGUCCUUGAUCUCUUGAGGUUUGUAGAUGUGGACCCAAGGCUAUUUGUUUUGUUUUAUCAGACUGUUGGUCCAAAAUGAAAAUGACAAUUAUUUUAUAUAGCACCGACAUAGUCUGUACGAUAGGACACUAGACAAAUAUUUAAUUCCAACAAAACAUGUAUUGCAUAUUGAAACAGUAGCUGAAGAGGGCUCUGCCCAACUUACCAGCUACCUACCGACAAAUUACCUACCAUGCAUUUACAAACUACCUACUAAAUUUAUGCUGACAGUUAUUCACCAAUCUGUAAAUUGUAGCAAAUUUAGCAAAUUGAAUUUCAAUUCACUACAAUUGCAUAAUUUAGACCAGGCAUAGGAAACCUUCGGCACUCCGCAUUGUUCAUGUAAGAGCAUUAUAGGGGAUGUAGUCCACAACAUCUGGAGCGCUGAAGGUUGCCUAUCCCUGAUUUAGACUAAAGUAGCCGAGCUGUGACUGUAGCUUAAGUUGAUUUUUCUUUUUUUCUCCCAAAUCUUCUAUUUUAGUAUCAGUUUUGCCAUUCAGAUUUAAUUUGCUAAAAUAUGAAGUUCAGUGUGUGUAUGUGUGUGUUUAAUUGGGAUGCGACAGCUCCAGUAUGGGAAUUAAUUUCAUUAGCAGCACAGUGCACACUGAAUACAAUUACUACUCUUCUGUGAUCUCUAGGGAAUUGACACAUUCUAUUUACUGUAAUUGCUACAACCAAUCAUGUCUGUUUGUAGCUUAUUACCCAGUGGAUUGUAUCACCAGGGGUUUUGCUCAGCAAUUCUAAUGGAAAUACUCUAGAUAAAGUCCCAUAGCACGACAUUAUUGUGUGUGUGUUAUUUCCUGAAAAGUCCCAAUGCUCGGCUUAUAGUAGUUGUCUUUCUUCCACAUUGUAUAUAAUAAUUAUUGUAUAGUAACAGCUAAAGUGUUGUUAGGUGUUCUAUUACAGUCUGAUCGCUAAGCUUUCACAUAUGAGCAACAAUUGUCGCGAUGCUGUUUGUUUUCCCACUGGAAAUUUUUCUGAGAGCAGAAGGUCUAGUGUCUCUUUUAUGUACUGGAAAAAUAUAUAUAUAUAUAUUAAUUUUUUCUUGCGAGCUGAUAUGGGAAAUAGUCUUUUUGUCCUUGCUUACUGGUUGGCUUUCAGACCUUUGCAAUUUGCUUGUUUUACCUCCAUAAAGGUUACUUAUUUUCUGUUUCUUUUAUUUGUAAAAUGCACUGUUCUCCCAAAUAACAAAUAAACAGCCUUAGAUUUACAGGAAUGCCUUUAUUGCAGUAUUCUAACAGCCAGCUGUAGGUCACACAGUCAAAACUAUUUUUUAUUUUUUUUCCCAAAAAAAAAAAAGACAGAAAUAGCAGAGAUAAAUUACAUUCUGUUCUCAGUAGAGUAAUGUUUCAGAGCAUAGUGGGGUGGAGAGGGGGAGGGGUGUGUGCAUUAAUAAAGCACUAAAUAUUCCACAGAGCUGUACCAUUUGGGAAAAAACAAACAAUACAAUAUAAGCAGACCUAUAAAGAGAUAAAAAGUUGUGUGUGUGUGUGUGUGUGUGUGUGUGUGUAUAUGUAUGUGUGUGUAUAUAUAUAUAUAGUAUUCUCUUUGCAGAUCUGUGUGCUGCCCAUUCUCCCUUGUUGGUUCUAUGUAUGGCACCUUAGCACACUGCCCUAUAUCCAUAUACCAAUCUCUGUGUUGACUCAUUUGACUCCACCGUGACUUGCACUGAUUUGGAAACAGCUAUACCUUUUGUAUAAUCCCACAGCCAAACUCCUUUGUAUAAAAUCUGUAUUUUAUAAUCUGUGUUUUUGUUGUUUAAAUCUCUAAAGCAUGAAACAUUCUUGUAAGUCCUUGUUUUAAUUGAGUAAUAAAGGCAGAGUUUAAUGGUGAUCAUAAAACCAAGGUGGUAUAAGGACAUGAGCAUUGACAUGCAGCACGCAUGGUGAGGUAAAUAGACGGUUUCCUUGGAUAUGAGAUGAUCUGUAAAUGCUCACUGUCAGAGAAUUAGCAUGGAGGGCUGCAGAUUUACAGUCAUUUCAUGCUUUAUAUCAUAUCUUUACUCACUGGUUCUUGUAUUGAAAUGUAUAGUGUUCUUAUCAAUGAGAGCUCUUAUAAGGAGUAUUGACACCACUUACUUGUGUUUCUUGAGUAGUGAUGGCAAAUUAUGGGGUCUUUUCAUCAAGUGCGCAUAGGGUUAGAUCAGUGACAAAAUAGCAUAUGUUGUGUUUUAAAAAAAAAAAAAAUUCCUAUAUAUUCUGUACUGUUCUACAGUAGAUCUGACUCUUCAUUAACUUAAAUGAACACUCCAAUGCCCAAAUAUAAAAUAAAUAACAAUUGCUGUUAAGUAGAUAUACCCACCAAUGAAAACUUGCAUGCAUUUGAUUAUGCAUUUUGUCAUUGGGGUAAAUCUAAUAACCGCUUGCCGAUAUAUUGUCUGCUGCCUUUGCCCAGACUUCCAGUGGCUGUCCAAUCACAGAUUUCCCAAUGCAGCUGAAUGAGAAGUCUUUGCAAAGCACGUGCUUUGGGCAAUUACUGUCUCCUGAGUUUAGCUCCACUAAGCUCAGGGACACUAUAGUAACCAGAACAACUACAGCUUAAUGUAGUUGUUCUGGUAAGUAAAGUCAGUCCUGCAGGCUUUUUGCCCAUAAACACUGUUUGUGUCUAAGAACUACUAAGACGACCACUACAGGUGCUUCAUGGGACAGUGCUGCACAGUGUCACACUGAACACAGAAUCAAUGCAUCUCUAUGAGAAGAUGCUCAUUGACUAGGGUGACGUUUGACCCUGCUCCCAACCUGCCUCCUUGGCUGAGAUCAUCAGAAUUGAUUCCUAUGGGAAAGCAUUGUGAUUGGCUGACAUCAUCAGAAUUGAUGAUCUCUGCCAAAGAGGCAGAUCAGGGAUGGGGCCAGCGCUGAUGGACUCACUCACUGGAAAAAAGGUGAGUUUAUACUUAUUUAAGGAAUGAAGGGGGCACAGGGGCCCUACAUGUGUUUUUAAUGCUAUAGGAUCAGGAAUACAUGUUUUGUUUAUGUUCAUGACCCUGUAGUGUUCCUUUUAACAACCUUUAACAACCAGGAAGUAACAGGGCUGGUUGUCUGCUUGAAAGCCAAGGGGGUGUAACAAGGUCAAAUUAUAAAAAUGUGGAAAAAAAGAAGACACACUCUUCACACAUAAAGCUUGUCAGCACGCCAAAGUGCUUUAGGGGGUCUGGAGUGACCCUUUAAUUGGAUGCUUUAAUCUACAACGGAAUUUCGGGUUGAUGAAAGCCCAACAUCUGCUGUGUUGGAGAUGAGUACAGUUGGCAAGUCAGGUUGAGUUGAGGAAACAUUUUUAGUAUUUUACUGUUGUAUAUGCAUUUUAGAAUCCAUAAAUGUUUUUUUUACUGAAAGAUUUUCAAAACAAUAUGACAAAUUUACAAUAGUAUACAUAACUUAUCAUUCUAAAAUGUAUAUUUUAAUACCAAAUAAACAAUUUGAUAUUAUUUGCAGUCAAUAACAUUAAACUUGAGAAUAGUACAGUAUCUGUCUGUCUUUCCUUCAGUUUUUAGGUGGUAUCCCUUUAAGAACACAUUAAUGUUGACUUUCAACAAAUCGUGAAUAAUGUUAGUAGCAUGUAUAAUGGCUGUACUUGACUGUCCCUUAUUUCCUGGGUUCUGAUUUACUGAAAACAGCAAAUGGCUACUUAAUUGUAAUACGAGUGGCAGAAGAUAAUAAAAGAAAUGGAAGUUUGUUUCCACCAGGGCACAUUAAUAAUAAUAUUUUGUGCUAGACCAGGUAGUAGGAAAUAUUAGCAAAAUAAUCAGUUAAAUGGAUUUAGCUGCUGUGAAAGCACUUCUGAUAUUACAGAUACUUAUCCCAGGAAAAUACAUUUGGCUACGGUUGCCAAAUUCAACAGUUUUUAAAAUGAAAUUUUAAAAGCAUUUUAUAUUUAAAGUGGGAGCAGUGCUUAAUCAUAAGUUGAUCUUUUACAGAGAAAGGUUAGUGAAAACCAAAUAUACAGUAUUUGUAAACGUAGGGGAUUAACUGACGUUUUUUUUCCUUUUCUUUUAUUGCAUCAGAAAGUCUGCAUUUUACAGCCGACAGGGGACAAUAAACAUUACUUAGGUUUAUUCUCUGCCAGUUUACCAUGAUUUAAAUUAUAAUUGUAUUCUUAUUGGCUUAAACCCCAAGCAGUUUAUUAGAAUACUGCAAUAUAUUUCAAUGUAUCUUUUUUUUUCUUCUUAUCCCUCCACACCUCUCAAUGCCUGUUUUCAUAAUGAUUUCCAACCUAGUCCUGAAUCCACACCAACUGUCCAGUAUUUGAACAUUUGCCUGUUAUGUUCCCGCUGUGGGGAUAAUUACAAAGCCUGGACUUUUGCUGUACUUUUUGAUAUGGUUUGGGAAUCAAUGCUUUGAAACACAGGGAUUAUCAAAGUAAUAUAAAUAUGUAACCUUUACAUAAAUGUGUGAACUUCUCUCCUUGAUAUCUUUUAUGUAGCAGUCUUUCAUUUAGGCAUUACGUACGCUUUAUUGAGAAUAGCAAUUUCAGGUUGAAUAGAAUGUUACAUAUCUAAAAUAUUGCAGAAGCAGUAAUGAGCGUGAUUCAUUUGACGUUCAAAAGUUCUGAUUUGCAUAACAGUUUGAAACCUGCAUCACAUAUUCCCACUUUACCCAUCUUCUGUCCUUACAGUUCUGGAAUGUUUGAGGUUCUCUUACAGGGUUAUUCACUAACGUGAGACUUGUUGGGAAUUGAAAGCAAAUUUCUUAUCUAAUGUGAAAAUAUAUGACAACCUACCUGUUGUUUUUAUUUGGAGAGGAACUCUUAGUGGAACGGCAACUCCUUACAAACACGAUCUCCCUAAGUGCCAGUGAGUGAUACAGAAACCUGAGAGAUGUGAGGGCAUGGAUGCCUUUAAUUACUGAAGAAGCAAGGAAUCCAGAAAGAGGCAGGCAGGAGACGAAGUCAGGUAAAGCAAUGGUUAGGACCAUCUGGCAAAGCCAAAGAUCAAGGGUUGGAGGUUAGGCAAGAAUCAAAGCCAAAGUUCAGAAACUUGGAAGUUAACAAAACAGGAACUGGAAUAACAGGAACAAGUAAUAACUGUAUCAGGACAUCAGGGAACUGAGGCAAAGCACUUGCACAACCAUAAGCAGUGCUUGGGUGUUUACAGGCAGACUUGGUCCAGUGACCAGCCCCCACCACUUGCAGACAGAGCCCCCCAGAAGCUAUAAAAGAAGCACUGGGACUUGGUGCCAUAUUGGCUGCGCAGUAUUCUCUCCACUCUACUUCUUCAAACCCUUACCUCGCAUGAUGCACGGGCGUCCAUGAUGAAGCUACCAUCUUCCAGCAGGGCCACCUUUGCAGGACCCACGCCAACGGUGGACAACGGAGUCAGGCAGAAGAGUGAGCCUCGGGAGCAGCAGUUGCCAGGGCCCUCAGCGAUCUGUCUCCAGGAGCCAUGGGUGCCCUUGGAUAGGUAAGCGCUGGCGAGCAACAAGAUAAAAUAGCUAAGCAGGAUAUAUUCUCCAAGUCAGCUAUGCUGCCAGUACAGCUAUUUUUGCCUUAGUUCCCUUCUAUCCACCCACUUUGGUCCACCUUUUGCAAUAAAAAAAUUAAAGUUAAAGAAUGAUUACUCACCUCCUUUCCAGAGCUGAUACUCCACUGAUGCAUCCACCUGACAUGAUCUGCGUUCUCAUUCAGUCUAUUGCAAUGAGACAUGCAGCCAAACGCCAUGCUGCUAUCAGCAGAAUUUGAUUCCAGGACAGAGUUUCUGGAGGGGGAAUGCCUCUACUGGCUUUUAGUAAGACUGCCAAUAGAGGUCUAUUUAACUCUGCAAUGUAAACAUUGCAGUUUCUACAAAAAGGCAAUUUGUUACAUUGCAGUGUUAGAAUGACAGGACCGAUGCACCCAGACUACUUCAUUGAGAUGCACUGUGCAUGCACAACCCUGUUGCACAUGGGUUAACCAAUGCCUUUAUUAUGAGUUUGUAUCUAAAAUGUAAAUAAAUGAAGGACAGACUUGACCUUUGAAAAAGGCCAAAUUUACUCAUGUUAACUCCCCAAUCUUCCUGGAUCUGGAAAAGUCCUGAUUUGAAAAUUGUGUCCCAUGUUUUCUCAAACUUCUGGAGGCUACAGAGAAAUAUCCCCAAUAAAUAUCUGCACUAUUAAUAAGCCAUUCUGCCCACACCCGAGUACCUCCAUCAGUUAUCUAUGGAUGCCCACCUGAUGGCAGAACAUGUUUGGUGACACAGGUACAUUUACCAGUGAUGCACUUUGUGCCUCUGUUCCUUUUGCCCUGGAUUCUGCCUUUCAAUUGUGAACACUCUAAAUGAGAAAUGCUGUAUAAUUAAUUUGACUGAAAAACGAGAUGGAGGGAACACAACAAAAGCAGAACUUUGUGUCUCUUAAUCACUACUUCUCAUAGAGAUAAUACAUAUGUAUGUAUCAUUUCUAUACAUUUAAAACCCUUUAUUAUAAAUUGAGUUGCAAAGAACAUUCCUAAAAGUAUUCAAGUUACAUAAAAAAACAAACAUUGUCAAUCUGACUUUGUGUUUGCACAAAAUUGCCUAGCUGCACUUGUAGCAGGGAGGUGUAUAUGGCAGGUGCUGGCAGUGAUCUGAAUGCUAUUGUGUGCAUAUGUUGCAGCCAACAAAGUUAUGUGAUACUAAGAACAUCUCCAUUGUAAACAGCAAUUUAAAGGCAUGGUACAGAUUAACCAAUAUUACUGAUUAAUGCCACUCUAAAAUAUUUGUUGUCAUACUCCAAAAUAAAGCCAAAUUUGAAAAUUGUAUUUUAUUCUUCUUUGUUAGCUCAGUCUGAGAGAAUGAUUAGAGACCUACUUACUUAUCAGGUUGACAAGUAGCUAAAAUAAAAAUAACUGAAGUUUUAUUACUGUUCACUCUUCCAUAGAAUUUUAGUAUCACAGCGAAAUCACUAUAGUUCACGUUUUAGUGAAUAUAUCCCUUUAGUUAACCAUGUAAUUCAGUAGACACAAUGUAAGAUAUGUGUGUUGGAGAGAAGCCCCUUCACAUGUUACUCAGGUAUAAAAGAAAUUGGCUUCCUCCUUACUUUUGGGCAGAAAGGUAGAAUCCCUGGUGGCCCAGGAUAUGAUACAAUCCCUGGUGGCCCAGGAUAUGAUAGAAUCACUGGUGGUCUGAUAAGUUGAUGCUGUGUCGGAACCACCAUCCAGUGCAGAUCAGUCAGAACUUGUUCGCAGCACAGUCAAUGACUCAGAUCUCUGCCAUGUUAACCCGGGGGCAGCACUCUGAGUCAUUAAGAACAUGGGACUGCGAGGAAGCAUCGGUUGUGAACUGCACUCGCUGGAAGUGCAGACUAAAAGCUCUUUUUCUGUUAUGAUGGGUUGCAGAACUGGAAUUAAGAUAUUUUGAACUCCCUAGCAACUCAUGCAGGCAGGGGUCCUCCUUUGACCCUGGGCUCCUCCAGGCAGAACCAUUCGCAGUCACAACUGUUGCUACUCUGGUGAUUUCACCACUGUUUCUGAUGCCGGCACAGGGACAGCUGAUCGAGCCAGCCCUAUGGUGCCACAUCAGACCCAUGGGCAACUGCCCCACUCUGCCCCCCUCUCUAUGCCACUGCUAAAUUAUCGAGCUUGACAUUAUUUUUGCUCUACAUAACUAAUGUCACAAACAUAGCACAAUGUGCAGAAGAAAGUUAAAGGGACACUGUAGUCACCAGAAGUACUAUAGCUUUAAAAUAGUGGUUGUGGUGUCAAUAGCACGUCCCUGAAUGCUCAGCAAUGUAAACACUGCCUUUUUAGACAGCCACUAGAGGUGCUUUCUACUCUCUUUAACCAUUCUCAGUUUAAUUCCAUAUAGGUUCAAUUCUUCCCUAUCCUCAGUGAUCAAGAGAUAUGUCAUCAGUAGGCUCCAUUGCUAAUAUGACAUUCCCUUAUUGUGCCAUAUCUUUGGAAAAUCUUGCUACUUGUUCACUAAUGCUCAUCCCUCCACAACUUCAAGUAGUAAAACCAAAACAAUAUUUAUAAACCAAUAUAUAUCUAAUUCAAUUUCAUAGAAAUCAUAUAAAGUCUAAAGUAAAAAGUUACAAAAAUCUCUCUACCAAUGAGUAAAUCCACAUAUUUAUCAUUUAAUAUCUACAUAUUAUAAUUUCUCAAAGUAGUUUUUUUUUUUUUUUUUUACUUGCCAUAUACAGUUCUGCUAGACUACCAGAAUGCCAUGCAAUGUAUAGGAGUUAAUUUUUGUUUCUCUAGUUGAUAUAAUGUCAUACAGAGAGCGUUCCACCCCUUUACCCUACUUACUGCUAUUAAGUGUAUAUUAUCAUGCUGUUAGAGAGAUUUUCAACUGAGGAACGAAUACUGUGACAUACUGUUGAGCUCUGGUAACCUGAAAAAGCUGAAUAUAUUGAAAAGUGCUAUGAAAUCUAGCAUAACAAAACAGCUUGUUUGGCACUGACCUCUAUUUGUAGCAAUAGUUAUCUAGAUCCUGGCAAUUUCAUCUGCCCAGAGCUGUUGCCACUAUUCCAUUUUAGUCUUGCACAUGCACAACCGUACAAAACAAGGUGUAUGGAUGAUCCUUGGGAUCUUCUUUAGAUAAUCUACAUUAGGUGUUGCACUUGCUCAUUAUUGCCAAUGGGGUGAGACUGCUAUGUGACAGAGGUUGCAAGAGUUCAGGAGACAUUUUCUGGUUGCUUAGUGCAAUCGUACUUUUAUGUGGCACAAGGUGCAAAAUCUGCAGACUGACACUCGCCAUGGAAGACUGUGGGUCUCAGAAGAGAGACAACACUGUGGGGAAAAAAGGAUAAGACACCUGGACCCAAAAGCAACUAUCCCGCCAUAAGAAUCAUUAUAUAUUACAUAUUAACUCAUGCUAGACAAACUAUUUAUUCUUGUAACCAAUAAAAUAUUUUAGAUGUAAGUAAAUGUUAUAAGAGUGCCAUAUAACAUGUAUGAGUGCCAUAUAAACCAUCUCAGUAAAUUCCAUAACGUGUAUAGUUUAUUAUGCUGCAUUAUCCUGAAACUACGAAUGUGUAAUCCCAUCAUUAUGUUAUUGAAAAAGUACUACAGUGGCUUACACUUGAAUGAAGAUCAACUCUUCGACUGUAUUGCCUAGUUUAGAACCAUUUUUCAUAGCUCAUAGAACUUUUGUUGCACUCACAGCUCACUAUUCCACAUUCUUAAAGGGUAGCAGAUUGAACGACAUUCUUCUACAAUGUUCCCCAAUUCUAAGGUAACAUUCUAGAAGGAAUCAAAUCAGAUUCACCAUCAGAUUAAAAUUCUUAAAAUAUCUUCAUGCAUGAUCAGACAGCCACACUAUAACCCAUAAUACAAUGCCUGACGUUGUGAGCCCUUAAUCUUUUAUUGUUAACAACGGUCUGGUUUUAUAGGGCUUUUCCACAAGGACGUUCACAACAUUUCAGAUAAAUGCAGGGUAUAAUCUUUGCUUGUUAAAACAUGCAGUAGAUUACAAACAAAACAGCAAACUCCAACAAAGUCCAUUAUUAUGGAGACAUAAGAAAACUGGAUCCAACUGUACUUUUUUCUAUAACUGUGUAAACUUUCUACAGCUCCACUUUCUGUCCAGUGUGCCAAACACACUUAUUGUUUAUAAUAAAUAAUGUUGCUUUGUGCACGCAACCUGCUGGUUAAAUACACAAUUUUAAAUGAAACUGCAAGGGGUCAAUACAUCCUGAAGGUUAGAAAACACAAAAGAAAAUAUGGAAUGCGGUUUAUUCGCAUAUCCAGAUAGUAAAUAAGAUAAAGGUUAUUUGGUUUACAAACACAAAGAUAAUGCACCACGCUUACAGCAGCAGUAGCUCAGUAUCCAACAGUUUAAAAUACAUAGUAAAAACAAAGAGAAUGUUACCUGCGCUCUGCCUUAAAUCCCCAUGUACAUUUAAACAAAAUGGAGGCUCUUUAGUUUUAUUCCAAUGGCCAUUUGAAUAUAUAAGCUAACCUGCCACGUCAAGGCAAGCCUCAAUAGGUGAGUUCCUACACUAGCCAUUAGAUAUGCUGAUAUCAGCCAAGAAUCUCCAGUAAGACAGGAAGGCGUAUUUUAUAAACCCUUUCACAUUUAACCCUUUAUAGGGCUUCUACACAUACAAUAAACUUUGCUGGUAUCAAAGUGUAAACAUCUCUAAUGAGACAUGAAGGGGUGUUUUAUAAACCCCUACAUACUUAACCCUGAAUAGGGCUAUAACACAUACAAAUCACCUUGCCGGUAUCAUUUUAUAAACCCCUACAUACUUAACCCUAAAUAGGGCUUGAUACCAGCAAAGUCAUUAGAGAUGUUUACACUUUGUCUGAUACCAGCAAAGUUUAUUGUAUGUGUAGAAGCCCUAUAAAGGGUUAAAUGUGAAAGGGUUUAUAAAAUACCCCUUCCUGUCUUACUGGAGAUUCUUGGCUGAAAUCAGUAUAUCUAAUGGCUAGUGUAGGACUCACCUAUUGAGGCUUGCCUUGACGUGGCAGGUGAGCUUAUAUAUUCAAAUGGCCAUUGGAAUAAAACUAAAGAGCCUCCAUUUUGUUUAAAUGUACAUGGGGAUUUAGGCCAGAGCGCAGGUAACGUUCUCUUUGUUUUUGUUAUUUGGAUUACAUCUACCAAGCUAAGAGUGCGAAAUCGGGAAAUUGGGUUGGUGAGCCAAGGAGCUUCCUUCUAUAAGAGAUGCAAAUGUCAUCAGGUGCUUUAAAUACAAGUUAGUUAAAGGGACACUAUAGUAACCAGAACAACUACAGCUUAAUGUAGUUGUUCUAAAGUGAGUAUGAUCAUUACAGGCAUCUUUUAUGAAAAAAAUCAGUGUUUACAUUGCCCCUAGGGACACAUCCAAGUGGUCACUCCUCAGAUGGCCACUGGAGGGACUUCCUGGCUCAGUACUGCACAGUAGGCAGCUCUGCCAUUCAGCGUCCCCACGCUCUGUAUGAAGACGCUGAAUUGUCCUCAUAGAGAUGCAUUGAUCUCUAUGAGGAGGUGCUGAUUGGCCAAAACAGUUCCUGACCCUAUACUGUUCCUUUAAGAAUGGAUACAAGCACAACAAAGUCUCAACUUUUUUUUUUUUUUGUAACAAGUGAUUUCAUUCAACAAACAUCUCGCAUUGCAAAAAACCUUAAUAUACAAAAUUUUGUCAUGCAUAAUACAGUUACAUUAUUAUAGUUACUAUCUUCAAAUACAUGCAUUUAUAAAAUAACCUAGUCAUCAGAAUAGAGGCACUAAACAUGACACGGUGCAUCAUAAUUACUACUAGUAUAAAUAUGAUCAGCACAUAUUGGUAUACAAGUGAUACACCAUAUCAUUUUUUAGAAACACACAGCAACAUAGAGUAAGACAUAAUUAUCUUUUAACCCGCUACAAUCAAUAUCAUUAACCCGCUCCCAGAGCCUCUUGUAAAAUGUUCUACAACAGGAGUUUGCUUCAGUAUUGCAUUCUAAUGGAGAUGUCACAAAAUAGACAUAUUUUCUAAACAAAGUGUUUUGUAACGCUCAUGUUUAUUGAUUCUUUGAGAUUAAUUUGCUAAACCAUAAGUUACUGUGAAUUGUGUAAUGAAGAAUAAAAAAAAGUUGGAUAAAAUAUUUAAUGGUGCACUAUUAGGCACCAUAACCAUUUCAGCUCAUUGUAGUGGUUAUGGUGCUGAUAGUUGAUAUGGGUUCUGUUCUCCAUUUUUUUUUUUUUUGGUCUAGUAAUAUUUAGAACAUAUUGACAACAAAAGGUCUCUCCCUUGCUGCCCCCUCUUUAGCAUGCAGUCGUAAUAACCAUGUGUGAUUGAUUUCUGUACUACCAGGAUGGCAUUAAUCGAGAUCUGGGUUAACCUUGAUGUUUUCCCAACAUAUCAAUAUUGACCAGGAAAUAGCAUAAAAAAGAAAAUCCAUACAAUUCACUGUGCAGUACAUAUUCCAUAAAUGUACAACAAAUUAUCCCUUUACACCACACCAGUGUAUAAAAGGAUAAAGCUACUUAGCUUGAAAUUGCAGCAUCCCAAGGUCCCUUCCCUGUUGGUGACCUCAUACAAAUAUGAUACAAUAUAGAAAUUGGGAUAAAGCUGAGUAUCUAAGAAAAAAAAGAUAACAAAUAAUAGUGCUAAAUGUGUUAAAAAUAUAUAAAAACAAAUAGGUCACUGGAUUGUUACUGAGAGUGUUUUAUUUGUAAUUGUUUUUACUAUGGUCCCUGAGGAAGUUUCUUUGAAACGAAACGCGUAGGACUAGUGACCUAUUAUUUGUUUUUAUAUCUUUUAAUGCAUUUGGAAUUAAUAAAUUCUUUAUACCUACUACCUGGAUCCUGAUUGCUGCUCGGAGUACGAUCAACAUACUGAGGAUCCUGACCUCCCACAGAGGGAAGGCAACCUUAAGGCGCCUUAAACAUUUGGAGUCUGUGAGUUCCACAAUUAGUGGGGGCACCACUCUUUGAUUUUCAACAGUGUUUCACUAUAUUAUUUAUCUUUUUUUCUUACAUAUUCCAUAAAGGAGUUUAUUUUACAUUGACAUUGUGACCAUUUUAUAUAUUGUUCUCAUAUGAAGAAUGGUAAAAAUCUACAGCAGGAAAUGCAGGAUGCAAGGAUUUUUGUUUUGUUUACUUCUGGAUUAUGUGGUUAUGAAGUCUGUGCCUAGACUAAACAUAGGGAUUCAGAGCUCAGAAUGCCUCAGUGAUUCAUAAAACGCCCACAAUGUAAACAUGCAGUGGAAAUAUAACUAACACGUAGAAACACAUUCAAAUAUAUCAGGUAACUGGUGUUUUGUUUUCAUUCAACACUGGAAACCUACAUCUAACCAAAUGAUCAAUCCUAAUUCAGUGAAGCCAGAAUUAAAUGAGUAACGUCACAUUAAAAGUGCAGUUAUUUGUGGGUAGGAUGGACCUAAACCAUAUUAAAAAAAUAAUAAAAUAAAUACUAAAUUAAAUAAUGUAAACUUGAGUUCUAGGAUGCUCAGUUAUCAAGUAGACUUGCUCAAAAAUUAAUUCACACAUGGACGAUUCGAUGAAUAAAACUUCACAGGUAAAUCCUGGACAAUCAGUUUGUCUCGAUGUGGAUUAAAACGCAUUAGAUUCAAGUAAACUGUCCGAAACUGAUUUUUGCACAAGUUUGUUGACAAGUUAGCUGGCAAAGUGUUAAGGGCGUCCCACACUUCCUAACAUAUGAAAAUAACCUCAGAGGAACAAACAUGUUUUUCUUCUGGCUGGUGUAGAAGAACUCUAUGAUACCUAUCACGCGUUACCAUCAGUUGUAUUUCUAUUCGAGAACAGCGCAUUGCAUUAGGGCAACAAGAUAGGCAACCUAGAGUGUUCAAGAUGUUGUGGACUAUAUCUCCCUUGAAGCUUUGCCAGCAUUUUGGCUAUAAGGAUGCUUUGCCAGCAUUAUGUCUAUAUGAGCCUUAUGGUAAAUGCUGAACACAACACCUAGAGUGCUAAAGAUUGCCUAUCCCUGCAUUAGGGUGUGCACCCGGAGAAAAUGACCAUUUACGUUUUACUUGAAAAACUAACUAAAACAUAAAAACUUGGUUAAAAGCCAAUUUUGUUUCUGCUGGUGAUAGUUGUGUGCAGAGAGAGUCAUGAUUAUUGUUUCUUCAAAAACACCUAAUAUUAGGCACAUCUAUUUGAAGAACCCUGUGGUACCCAUGCACAUUACCGUCAAGGUGUUUGUUUGUUUGUUUGUUUUAUAGUGGAGCUCUUUGAUUCACUCAUUUUAAAUUUUGAGCACAUACUAAAGAGAAAAUUAAAUAGAAAAAUUUUGGCCUUACAGAUACUCUUCUAGGUUAUGUGCCAGAGUUAGUAUUGUUAGCUUCUAUUGAUUCUGAGAUGUGGUAUAUUGCUUUUACGAUUAUCCAUUCUCUUCUUUUUCCUUUCCUUGUAAGAGGGAGCAGAUUUUUUCCAGCUCUAAUUACAAGAAGUUCCAUGCGAAAUGCGUUUUUCAGAUCUAUUCUUAGAUAUAAUGAUAGAUUUCGAGAUUCAUUUGAGGUCUGGUUGAAUUGGAGACAGAUGACAACAAUGAGGAUGGAGAAUGGAACAAGUACCUUAAAAGAUCGCACUGCUUGCCAAUUUCACUCAAUGAUCCAGUUUACAGUAAAGCCAUAGUUAAUGUCUCCUCAAGUAACAAUGUGUAACAGAACAGCUUCCUUUACUUUCUGUAGCAGAAUUGUGCCCAUUUUUAUGUUUAAACUUGAGACACUAUAGUAUUACUUAUCAUUUUAAAGCUAAUCUUGUAUAAAAACAUAUGGAAAAGAUGUACCCUUAAGGCUUUCUAUGUCAUAGUCACCCAUUAAUGUAUUCACUAAACUGGUAAACAAGUGGAAUUUUUAUUUAACUAAUUUUAAGCUUAAAGGGACACUAUAGUCACCAGGACAACUACAGCUUAUUGUAUUUGUUCUGGUGAGUAUAAUCAUCCCUUCAGGCUUUUUGCUGUAAACACUAUGUUUUCAGAGAAAAAUCAGUGUUUCCAUUACAGCCUAGGGAUAUCUCAAAUGGCCACUCCUCAGAUGGCUACUAGAGGUGCUUCCUGGGGUAGUGCUGCACAAUGUGACAGCCAUUCAGUGUCUCCACCCUCUGCACACUGGCGGAUCCAGAGCCUUAUCUCGGGAGGGGCACUCAUAGAUUAUUUAAAGUAAACAAUCCAGGCACAACAACCACUACAGCAUCGGCUCUCUGGGGGAGGGGGAGAGCAAUUGCCCCGUUGCCCACCCUCUCGAUCUGCCACUGCCUCUGCAUGUAGAACCUGAACGUUCCUCAUAGAGAUGCAUCUCUGAGAAGAUGCUGAUUGGCCAGGGCUGUGUUUGGCUUGUGCUGUCUCUGCCCCUGAUCUGCCUCCUUGACAUUCUCAGCCAAUUCAAUGCUUUCCUAUGUGAAAGCAUGGUGUUUGGCUCAGAACAUAACUUCUGAUGAUGUCAGCCAAGCAGGCAGAUCAGGGGCAGAACCAGCAGCAGACUGGAAUAAAGGUAAAGUUUUACUAUAUUUAGGAGGACAGGGGGGCUAAAUUGUGGUUUUAACUCUAUAGGGUCAGGAAUACAUGCUUGUGUUCCUUUAAAGGUGCUAAAUAUGAAAAUAAAUGAGUGGUACUCCUCACAAAGCCAGACCAUUUAAGAUUCUAUAUUAUUUGUUGAUACUAAGAUCAAAACACUAUUUUUAGUCUUCUCUUUUCUGUUUUUGUGCCUUUAAUGGAUGACUUUUCAUUAGUUUAGUGAGCUCUCAUUUGGUUUCUCUUGUUAGGUAUCUUUUAUUUCUGUUUUGCAUUCGUGUGCUGUAUCAAGUUUGUUGGCAGUAGUCUUAUGCUAUUCUCUUUUAUUAGCUGAAAAUAUAUUAUAUGUUGUGUUGCCAACUCCUAUUUAAAUAAAGAAUAAAAAAAAAAUCAAAACACACUGGCCAUGUUGGAAGUUCAUAUAAUGAUUUAAAAAGAAAAUGCAGACAUACCACCAUAAUGAACAGAUCAUAUCCAUGCCGUCUCGGAGCCUUCAUCUUGGGCAGAACCAAAAAUAUACAUUUUCCACUAAUCCAACAUAAGAUCAUAAAUUAUGGGAAAACAUGGGAGACAUUAUUCCAAAACACAAGACUGGAGGUCAAGUGAUUUAUAAAUGCCUCCAGAACCUCAAGUUGGUAUUAUUUUCCCAUGCUUCAGUGUUAUGUAUCUUUUAUUUUACAUGCUAUUUUUUUAGGUUUUCAGUACUGUCAUUGUAUUAGGUAUUGUAGGGGUUAGUGUUUAGUGUAGUUACUAUAAGGGCAGCACUGGGAUAUACGUGUCCUAGUGCUGGCUGAGAUUAGUGGCAGCGGCUGUUGCUCGAUUUGUAAUUCAAACUAACCUCGGCCAGACUGUGGCUGUCCUUUUUCAUGCAUGAGAUUCGGGCCCCCAGACUGGAAAUUUUUAAUAAAUAAAAAAAAUAAAAAAAUCUGUUUGUGUGUGUAUCUUCUGUGUUUAUCAGUUGUCACUGCUGUCAACCCGAUAUACGUAGUAAUCUAUUCUGCUCAAAAUUAUUCUAAAAGAAGCAAAGCCUUGGUGUUCAUAACACAUAAUCUGUUUAAGAGCGUGUCGGGGAGAGUGGCGCCCACGGACGCUUCUUUCCAGAUUUCCCUUUUGGUCUAAGAACAGUGGAGGACAGACCUUUGAUACAUAUUUAAAAGGGAAAUGAUUCUAAUCACUGUUUAUCACUUUUUUCCCGGCUUUUUUAUGUGAACAAUAACUCAUGUGAGCCAGCUCAUUCUGGGAAAUAGAUAAUUGAAAUCUGAUUUCUAUAGGACAUAUAAAAAAAGACUGAGCCCUGCGGCACGAGAUGCAAGAUAUUUAAAUCUAUUUGUUCCCCAGUUUUUGAUCUUUAGUUAUAGCUGUGGUGGCUAACCUUUGAGUGGGUGAGAAUUGUGGCUAAUAUAGCACAAACAUCUUCAAAGCUCUCAACAUGAUGUCUAGUUGAGACACAGUCACCAUCCCCACAUUUGGAUUCAGAAAACUAUUUAUUGGUUGUAAAGAAGUGAUCAUCGGGGAGAAUAGCAAAGCAUUUAAAUUUGUAUGAUUGAAUAUUCGUAACUAACCAGAAUUUGUCUGUCGUUGGGUAAUACAAUAUUAAAAGUGAGCAGCAUUCACAUUUUUGUAGCAUUCUCUAAGAAUCAACACAUUUUUCCAACGUAACAAAGCGUGACAUUCCUAAAGAGAGAUCGCUCCCUGUGAAUAUCGCCCUCCUUUCAGUUCCCACUAUAUGCCAUUAGUUUGGAAACAAUGAGAGGAAUAUGUGACUGUUUCGUAAUAGAUACAUUUAACAAACCUAUUCACACACUCUCAGCACUGUGCACUGUCCACCCACUUACUACCCUACAUAUCUCCAAGAUGUUUCCACACAGUCACUAUAGUCACCAUAACAACUUUAGCUUAAUUAAGCAGUUUUGGUGUAUUGAUCAUCUCCCUGCAGUCUCACGGCUCAAUAAUCUGCUUAGUUAAAUGCACACUGUUCACACCCCCCAGCAUGUAACUUGCACAGCCCUUCUAAGUGCUUCCUGUAAAGUGUGAGCUAAUGUUUACACUUCCUUUAUUGCGUAUUCUGUUUAAUUUAGAAUUAUUAUCGCCUGCUAGACCUUGCAGGACCCUCCUGUGUGUGUGAUUAAAGUUCCAUUUACAGAACUGGAGAUAAAAUUAAGAACAAGUAAGUGAACAUCUGAUUGAAUAUUAAACAUUUUUUAAUGCAUGCUGUGUCAGUCACAGCUAGGGGAGGUGUGGCUAGGGUUGCAUAAACAAAAACAAAAGUGAUUUAACUCCUAAAUGGCAGAGCGUUGAACAGUUGGAUUGCAGGGACAUGAUCUAUACCAGCAGUUCCUAAACUGUGUGCUGCGGUGCCACGUGCACUCUUAGUUGUACUGUUUUAUGGUAUCCAUGUUAAACUGCUUCCACAGAGCAAAGGUUAGCAAAAUCACUGACUUAUUUUUUCCUACCAAAGAGAGUUGCUGAUUAUUGGCAGACUUUGAAAGUAACUUUGGAAUUGAGCAAUAAUCAUUGGCAGGUCUGUCGACGAAGACCGGUGAUCAAAAAGGAAAUUCAAGGCUUUGUUGAAGGUAGGAAAAUAACCGUCAUCAGCCAGGAGUUAGAUAUUAAGUAGCAUACUGAACCGAUUGUUUUAUUUACUUUGUGUGCAAGCAAGAGAUACUGAAGUUUUAAACAUGUUACUGAGCAUUCACUUUUGACAUUUCACAUGGUUUCAAGAAGGACAAAGUCAUCACAAAAGAAAUCUAUGAAACUUAAGAAAUAUGAACUGCAGUCUGGCUUCCUCCAACAAAUGUCAGAAUUUAAAGAAUGAAUUCUUUAUUUCUGUGGUUACAUGCUGUCUUUGACCUAUUUUUUUUUUUAUACCCACUCAGCCUUUGAAGGGACUACAGCAGAAUGUCAAAUUAGAGAGUGUAUGUAUAAAAAUAACUAUCCAGAAAAUUCCGAACUGUGUAAAAGAACGUCAUAAAUUCCUUCAUGUCAGUGCAUUGUGUGAGGGAUCAUGUUUUAUUCUAUCAUUGUAAAUUCAAGUCAACCUAUCCCCUAUGCUAUAGAAUUUAACAGAUGGUUUUAUAGCUUAAAAAGACAAUAUAAAUCAAUAAAUAAGUAUAAUAUAUAUGUAUUCCUUAUUAUUAUUUUUUAAUUAGUAAAGCAAUUAAACGUACUUUUAUUCCAUUGCUAAUACUGAUGCUUAUCUGCAGCCCAAUCAUCUUUGAAGCAAUACAUCUUUAUGUCUUUGAUGCUUCUCAUUGAGAAGCAUUGCAGACACGCAAAGCAUGUGUGGCAGAUGCCAUAAUGUACCAAUCAGAUGCUUAUGUAUGAGCGACUAGUACCAGCAUACUUUACAUUCCAAUUCUCAACGUCAAAUACACAAUUGAAUAUAUGUUAAUCCAAAGUCCCUAGUGGUUGUCUGUCUGAUAGCCACCAGAAGGAAUGGAAAUUGCAAAGUGUAAACCAUGCUUUUUCUCAGAAAAUGCACUGUUUUAUUUGCAAUGCUACAUGAGCAGUAACUUGCCCCUACAUCACUUCAUCAUGAUUAAAGGGACACUCCGUUCACCAUAACAACUUCAUCUACAUGACUUUAUGGUACUAGGAGGCACCCUGGUGCACUGUUACCAUUGACUGCUCUAACCCACUCAGUGGUGCCCCUGCCCGGUGGCACUCCACACUUCUGGAAACUGAGAUUCCAAAGCUGGAUGCCACUUGGGGGACAGACAGAUCGUCCAUGGAGGCACACUCUGGGGUUAAACCAUUAGAUAAUGAUUUAACCCCUUUAGGCAAGAGUGUGCCCUUGAGCCUCCUGGCACCAUAACAACUUAAUUUAGAUAAAGUUGUUAUGGUGACUGGAGUGUCCCUCUAAGUGAUAUUGGUGCCUAGAAUGUCCCUUUUAAGAAUCAGGCGUAUUUAGGAUUUUAUUAUGUUAAUAUUAUUAGCUUUUAGUAUGUUUGUUUUUUAUUUAAAUAAAAUCUGAAUGCAUCAUUAUGUUUAUUUCCUAAAUCAUUUGAAACGGUUCUAAGGUACUUUGGCUUUUGCUUUAACACAUUGCAUGCCAAAGGUGGCAACAUUCUAAAGCAGUAGAGUGAUGGUGCCUUUUUUUUUUUUUUUUUAAAGAACACUGCAAAUCUUACUUUUAUUGUUACAGCUGGUUAACCUCAAAAAUAUUUAAUUUAUUGCCUUUGUCUUUUGUCUAGGUCUUCUUUGGCCUAAUUAUGAUGCCUUGCAAAGCAGGGCUACGGAGGGUGAACAUUGGAUAGCAUAACUGGAGGUGUUUGAGGACUGAAUUCACCAGAGAAGCUAGAACAUCAGAAGUGGAACCAUGUCGGUUAUGAUGGUGCGGAAGAAGGUCACCCGAAAAUGGGAGAAGCUACCUGGGAAGAACACCUUCUGCUGCGAUGGCCGAGUAAUGAUGGCUAGGCAGAAAGGCAUCUUCUAUCUGACAUUAAUUCUCAUUCUCGGCACGUGUUCUCUCUUCUUUGCGUUUGAGUAAGUUCCUGAUUUUACACAUUUCUGCAAUUUUUUUUAAGUUUAAAAUAUAUGUAUAUAUUUUUGUUAAUUCUGGAAAAUCUUUAAAAAUAAAAUACCUAUGGUAAGGUUACAAUGAGGGCAUGCAUGCCGUUGUGUAGUAUGAAUUUCCACUGUAGGCAAAUUGCCAUGUCACAAGUAUCUGGUGCAUAUUUUGUAAUAGAAAAGUAGGGCAAAGUUCAAAAAUUGGAACAAUCACCAUGGAAACCAGUGGAAUAAUAAUGAAGAAUGGAGAGGCAGAAAGUGUGGUAUGAUAAUAAGGAGCGGGCGGGGGGCAGUGCUGUAUUCUUCCCGAGGCAAAUAAGGCAUUUGCCUUGGGGGGCAUUACCCAGAUUUUUGCCGGCCCCAAAUACUCUCUGUCCCCCUGGUGUUCUGCAGCUUUCACCCACUGGCCACAUUGGGCCACCCCGAAAGGUGUGCAGUGGAGGUGUGAUCUUCUUGCUCUGCUCCAUCACGCACCCUGCUGUGAUGCUGGGAGCCAGAAUAUGAAAUAUCUCCCGCCCACGCAUGACUAGAUGGCCUGCAAGGGAACAGAAGAAGAAGAUUACAACUCCAUUGCGCACACACCCGGCCACACAAAUGGCAGUAAAAGCAGCCACAUUGGACCCCAGGGAAAGAAUCCACACUGGACCCCAGGGACAGGAUCCACUCCAGCUCUCCCAAAGGUAGUGUGGGUGGUUGGAUAAAAAUAAAAAAAAGUGUGAGAGAAUGUAAAGAUGACUCAUGAAUGUGUGUAUCUCUCAGUGAAUGUGUGCGACUGUGUGUGUGCCAAAUCAAUAAGAGUCUGUGUGUGUGUGCGUGCACGUGCGCGCGCCUGCCAGUGAGUGUUUGUAUACCAGUGUGUCUGUAAAGUUUGUGUGUGUGUGUCUGUUAGGGAUUGACCGAUCUUGAUUUUUUUAGAGCCGAUACCGAUAAUCUGUGAACUUUCAGGCCGAUAGCCGAUAAUUUACCGAUAACGAUAUAUUCUGUACAUUUACCAUUUUCCAAAAAUAAACUAUUUCUACACAAAUCUACUGUUAACUGAACAUGUUUAUUAUUUUAUUCUUUUGUAAAUUUUUUUUUUUUUUUUAAGGUAAAUGCACAAAAUAUACAUGCCAGUCAGAAUUGUUUAUGUUUUCAAGAAUAUAUGUGUGUGUAGUGGCUGCAGUGUAUGUUUGUGUAGUUGAUGCAGUGUGUGUGUGUGUUUGUAUAGUGAGUGUUUAGUAAAUGCAGUGUGUGUUUGUGUAGUGUGUGUGUAUAGUGAAUGCAGAGUGUGUGCUUGUGUACUGUGUGUGUGUGUAGUUAAUGCAGUAUGUGUGUUGUGUAGUGUGUGUAUAUAAUAAAGGCAGAGUGUGUGUUUGUGUAGUGUGUAUAUAAUGAAUGCAGAGUGUGUGUAUAGUGGAUGCAGUGUGUGUUUGUGUAGUGUGUAUAUAAUGAAUGCAGAGUGUAUGUAUUUGUGUAGUGUGUGUUUGUGUAGGUAUGUAAUGUGUAUUUGGGGGGGGAUUUUAAUUUUUGUAAUUUUUUUGUUGUUUGUUUUAGUCCCCCUUCCCUGCUUAUUACCUGGCCAGGGAGGGGGGAUAUGGCAUUCCCCGGGGGGCCCAACACACUCUUACUUACCUUCCCAGCAGCUCCCUUCAGCUCCCCUGCCUAACUCUCGUGGCCUGUGUGCCACGCGGAGCGUUGCCAUGUUAACCUGUGGCAAAGCUCUGACCGCUGCGGGACUCGCGAGAGUUAAACAGGGGUGCUGAAGGAGGCUGCUGGGAAGGUCAGUAAGAGUGUGCUGGGCCCCCCAGGACCGCCACGGGCCACCCCAGGACCCUGAUGGUGGCCCUGGUCUGCAAUAUCGGUAUCUUUAUUGGCCGAUACCGAUAUUGCAGAAAAUACACAAUAUCGGCUGAUAAUAUCGGCCAGACUGAUAAUCGGUCGAUCCCUAGUUUGGAGUAACCCUUAAAGUAAGAACUACAUUUUAUAACACUGGUACUAGAACCCAUAACUGUGCUUAUUCACACCUUGUAAAUAUAACUCUGUAUGUCUGUGAUAUGUCCGCUUUUUUUGAGCACAUAAGUUCUAUCUUCAAGCUCUCCUUUUUGGUCUGAGUGUCAAAGUUUCAAAUGUCUAGUGAAUCUAAUAAACUAAUGCAUUAUUGACCCUCUUAACUACUGAAAUAUGUUUAAUUCAAUCCUAAAAUAACAAAUUAUUAUCUUGAGGGUAAAAAGUGUCCACCAAAAUGUUAUAUAUAUAUAUAUAUAUAAUAAAAUAUUCAUUGCACUCACGCUUAAGUGGUCCACUGUGCCUUAUUAGGCUUGCCGGGUGCCAGUCUUUAGGGUCCUUCAGUGUAAUACACAAAACAAAGCAGGCUGCACUCACGGACUUUUGAAUUUCAAAUGUGGUUUAUUCCAUCCAAGAAACAAAAACGAUCAACGUUUCGGUCCACGCAGGGACCUUCAUCAGGAUCAAACAGUACAAAUACAAUCUAUAACUACCUCAAAUAUAUACCUAAUAACAUUAAUCAAAAGUGACUUACCCCAGGUGAUGUCAAAGCUUCACCGGCGUUUACUGCUAAACACCGCGCAUGUGCGUACUACCGUGCGCCCCCACGCUGACCUCCGUUCCAUGUGUAAUGACGUCUUGACGUCGUGUCCAUGGCAACGUUUACAGCUUUCAUUCUAAGAAAGCUGUAACUACAAUGUGACAAGCUAUAACCUAGUGAAGAGCAAAUCGUGUUACAGCAAGAAAAAGAAAAGGAAUUAAAACAAAAUGUUAUCUGCAUAUAAUUAAAUAAAUCCACUGGGUCACUAUUAGAAAAAUAUUAGAAACAAGCCUAAAUACUAUACCUAAUUUAUUAAGGCUCCUAUCAAUAUAUAGAUAUUUUACUUUUACCCUUAAAAAUUGAGGGACUGAAUCCAACUUAAUAUAAUACUGCCUUAAUUAUGCACAUAAAGGUGUGGGGCUUUUUAGUCCUUUUACACCUACAUUUGGAGACUUCUCCUUUACUAUAAUAUUGAUUGCAGUACUAAAGGUGGAAUACAUUAAUUAACUCUAUAAGUUAAUUUAAAGGGGCCUAUAUCAAAAUCUAAUGCGACACAAAUCGUGUGUCCAGUCACUCAUCGGAUAUGCUAAUAUAUAGAAUCAGAGACUAUUGCCAAUUAUAUAAAUUGUGGUAUUCUGAAUAUAUUAUAAUAUAAUUAACUAAGGGCUCUAUUUUAAUAUCUGUUCAUAUUUUUUUUAUUAAUUAUUAAAUUAACCCUUAUAAUAUAUCUCCUACUAUAUAAACACAUCUAUUGUUGUCUGUACACAAUUAAUAUUUACAAAAAUUAUCAAAUAUACAGUAACUAUUUACACUAUUAUUGCAAGCACUAGAGAAAAGAAUGAUAUGAUAUUAUCUCAUUGAGUCCUUUAGGUGAGACUGUAUCAAGUCUGUGAAUCCAAAAUGUCUCUCUGUUAAGAAGUAAUUUCCCCCUGUCCCCCCCCUCUCCGUGGUUCGGGUAUGUGAUCUAUCGCCGUGAAUUUAAGUGUUGUGAGGGGGUGUUGUAGGUCCAAAAAAUGCCUGGCAACUGGUUUGUCACUUUUACCGUCUCUAUAAGCAGUUCGAAUGUUGGAACGAUGUCCUCGAAUGCGAUCACAUAAUUGGGUUUCCGUUUUGCCUAUGUAAGUUAAACCACAAGGGCAUAUAUAUAUAUAUAUAUAUAUAUAUAAAAAACAAGAGGGGGUUGGCUGCACUCACUUGAACAUGCAUAAAUUGGGGUGCUGCUGGGGGCCAAAAAAAUACAAUACACAAGAUCCAGCGCACUCAACUAUCCACUAAACAGCAACUUCAAUGUUGAAAGAUUUUAUUUGUUUUUUUAAAAACACCUAAUCUAGGCAAAAAUAAUGGGGGUUUAGUUAUAUUAUAUGAUCAUACAUUGCAUAAGCCUGCCACAACGCCAAUGUACCCCAUCUUUGUCAGGUCCUACACUAACAGCCUAAUGUCUGCUCUUAUGAGAUUAACCCACUUACUUGGGGAAAAAAAUUCCAUCUGAGGCUCUCUGCAGUACAAGGCUAAAUAGGGCCCUGGGAUGAGGCACCUGUGACAGGGAGGGGUGCAAAACCAAGGAGUUGGCUAGACUCCCAAAUGUGUGUAUAUAUAUAUAAAACAAGAGGGGGUUGGCUGCACUCACCUGAACAUGCAUAAAUGGGGUUGCUGCUGGGGGCCAUCCCAGGGCCCUAUUUAGCCUUGUACUGCAGCGAGCAUAUAUAUGACAUGUCAUUUGAUCCUGAGGAAGGUCUCUGCGUGGACCGAAACGUUGAUCUUUCUUUUUAUGGAAUAAAUAAAUGUUUUCAUUCUAAAGACCGUGAGUUUCUAUUACAUUUCAUUUCAUUUAUUGUCUGCGAAUAUAUAUUGACCCUUUAAAAUGCAUAUUUAAAGCAGACAUACAUUGCUUAAUUAUCAUGUGCAAUGUGCUAGAUACUUAAUUAGUUCUUUGUUAAAUGGGUCAGAACUAAUUUGUUUGGCUGUCUGUCAAAUCGCACGCAACAAUAUUUGUACGUACCAGUGCUGAACACUAAAUAAGAUUUUAUUGCUUUUACUUUAAGUAGGAGCCCAUUAGAUCGCUAACAAAGUAGAAGAAGAUCCGAGCACUCAGAACACUUUUUUUUUUUUUUUUGCAGUUUGUAUAGGGGAAAUAAUAAAGACUGCACAAGAAAAAAGGUUUCUGAGUGUCCUGGAUCUUCUACCUUGCAAGCAUAUUUUGAGGCAUGUCAGCCCCUUGUUCUUGAACCCUUAUCUGCAGUUGCUCUCCAUAACUGUUAUAGUGUAGGCACCAAGAGAGCAGACCCCUUUUUGCUACAUGGAAAUAUUAGACCACUAACGACAUUUGGAGAGUGCCUUGUACUGGAUGAUAGAAUUUUUUUACAAGUACCAUUAGUGUUCUCUUUUUAUUUAUUUUUAUUUAACUGAUUCUCUGUUUCUGAUUGAGGUACAAUGUGUCAAGAUGUAAAAACAUAUCACUUGUCUAACUGUGAGUAUACACCCAAUGUCAGGCUGUUACAAACCACUUGGAGAACAUGUUACAAACCGAAAACUAGGUCCCCUCGUCAUCAGGUCAUUAGUGGUCAUGUGUACUCAUGCCAGAUUCUGUAGGGUCAUCUUGCCUCUGUCCAAAUUUUCUUCCCUGAUGUGUCUUUUUAGGAUUGUUGGUGUGUGUGAGAGUACUUUUAAUACUGGCAAUACUGUGUUCUUCUGCUAUCUUGAGUGUUUGUGCAAAUGACAUUCUAUGAUAUUUUUCAAAAUCACAUAUUCAUUGACAUAAAUGGCUUUUCAAAGGUCAUGAAGCCCCAAGCACUAUAACUAAAGUAGGAAGCGGCACCAGCAAACCCCAAUAAAAAACAGUUUGAUUAUGUACAAUGUGGGGUGUAGUGAUUGUGGUGCUUGGAGUGUUCCACAGCUAGCCCACAGGUUUUCCUAUUUUGCCAUUUGAAAUAUUGAGAGGUAUGAUUAAGGUUGGGGUUCAUUAACAAAUAGACAUGUGCAAUUUGUUUCGGGCCGAAUAUGAAUUCGGACAAAUUUCGGGCUUCGGAAUGUCCAAAUAGCUGAAGUGCCGAAUUGCCAAGGUCCCGAAGUGGCUGAAGCACAGUAUUGCCUAAGUACUAAUAUACUUACCCAGUGGAAGAAGAAGAAUGUUACACUGUAUACAAUUUUAAAUAAAAAGUAUACAAACAUAGCCAGGAUUCAGCUGUAAACAUUUGCAACACUUACAACAAUCAAGUAACAUACAUUCAUAUAAAAUGUAAGUUACCUAGCCUGUCAUGUAAUGACAUGAAUGAAUAAGUAGUUAACUCCCUAAUUCCCACGGUAUUAGGGAGCUAUCUUCUAAAAGGCUGAAAGACCUACAUUGGUCUUUCAAUAAUAAUCUGAAUUAGUAAUCUGAAUUAUUUACCAGGAGCUGGUUGAACCCAAGCACACUUAACUUAGGCAGCCUGGAACUCUGUUCCGGGCUUACUAAUAUCAGUUUUGUGCAAAAAUAACGUCUGUCAUCAGGGCGUACUGCACGCUGAUCACAGAUAUAAAGAGAUUCUCCCUUGCAGGAUCGCAAACUUUUUAGUUUCCCCUCCUGGGCUCCCCACCUCUUUCAGUUUUCAACACUGGCAUAUUAUAGUUUAUUUUUUAUUUUUAUAUAUAAUUCAAAGCCCUCACUUUGUCCUCCGUUCCUCCCUCUGUCCUCCCUCACCUCACCGCCCAGAGCCCGCACAUGCUCUGCAAGCCAGUGAUACAGUCCAGUCAAAUUAUUCUCAAUAUGGAACACUUGAUUGGCACAGUGAUGGUGCGGCAUGACGACAGACGGGAAAUGGAAACAAAGUGAAGAGGACCUCACUUGCAGGAGUUAAGUUUUAAUCUAUUUAAUAUAUAUAUAUAUAUAUAUAUAUAUAUAUAUAUAUAUAUAUAUAUAUAUAUUUUUUUUUUUUUUAUUAUUAUUUUUUUUUAUAAAAAAAGUGAGGAUGGACAAGGUCAAUAGGGCAUAAUAAUGCUGAAGAAAUUUUGUCAAGAAAAGGAUUCUAGUAAUCCUUUAACAUGUGGAUAUUAGGCAUUUAUACUGUACCUGUUUAUUUUAUUUUUUUAAAUGUACAUAUUUUUCGUUUGUAGGUGUCGUUAUCUGGCUGUGCAUCUCUCUCCAGCAAUCCCGUUUUUCGCUGCAGUUCUCUUCCUGUUUUCCAUGGCUACUCUGCUACGGACAAGUUUCAGUGACCCAGGAGUUAUUCCUCGGGCUUUGGCAGAUGAAGCAGCCUUCAUAGAAAUGGAAAUAGGUGAGUCAUGAUAAGGGAAUCGACUGGGUUUGGCUUACAGGAGGAGGGUGAGCUCUCUCUCUGCUGGGAAUUUCUUGUGAUAUUGAUUUUGAGGUUUUGUUUCUGUUUCUGUUUCUUUUUUUUUUUUUUUCUUUUAAACAGAGGUUAUUUUUUUAUUAUAUUCUUAUUUUAUUUUUUUAUGAUCACUUCCUAUUUGGCCUGCCCUCAGAAAGAACAUCGUACGGAAAUCAUGUUUAGAAUGCUUUUUGCCUUUUAGGUAUAGUCUCUUAACCAAGUAGUAUCUGCAUAUGGGAAUUUCAAUGACUCUGAAAUUGUUAUUUAUGUUAAAUUGUUCUCAUAGUUCGUAAACCUAUGUCAUAUACCACAGAUCAAAAUAACCAUUGUUUAUAUACUUGAAAUCUGUUUUCCACUAUUAGCCGAAGCAGCUUUGUUAUGCCGAUAGAUGCUUGUUGCACGGUUUGUUUAAAUAUGAAUAUCUCCACAAGGGCCUUAAAAUUAUCUAGAAUUUGUGUACAAAUGUUUUUUAUCAAAUGCUUCAUUUACUUUUUACAUUUAUACUAAACAUUUUGUAAAUGGCAUCUUAAUCCAAUUCAUACAUGGCAAUGCAAAUGAGGAGGAGAAAUAUCAUCUCUGUAUACUUUCUCUGUGCUUAUUAUCAGUUGCAAAAUACAGUUUAUAAUAAUAAUCAGGGAGUGAAGAUGGAGACGCCCAGUUGCAGGAUACAGAGGUGUGGAUUUCUAAAUAUUAAUUAAUUUUUUAUCCCUUACAAGUACAUACAUUUGUUAAACAAUAGGAUACAUAAAUCUAAUUAAAAUUCCUGGGAAGUGGCAAUUCGAGUUUUAAACAUUUUAGAUGACGUCAAACCAUUAAGUAUUGCAAUGUUUAAAAUUAAACUCCCCUUUAUUCCAGAUUCUAUCUACUCAGAUGCUUCUCACAUAGAAACAUUAGGACACACCAACAAUGUUUCUCAUAGUGAAGCAUUAAAACCAAUGCUUUUUUAUGUGAAGCAAUCACUUCUUCUGCUUUGAACAAUAGUUCAAAGUGAGUGACGCAGGGAGCAUGCCCAGAUAUUUUGUUGAUAUCCAGGAAGUGUUACUAAGGAGAUUUACAAAAGCCCUGAGUACUCUUUAAAUCAACACUUGUAGAAAAUAAACCUACAGUGACAUGCCAUUAACUCCUAAAUUAACACUUUUUUGCACACUGGGUUGAGCUUUUAAAGCUCUCCACAAGGGAAUUUACCUAAUUAAUGACCUUCUUAUUGCACUAAUAUUUCAAUAGGGUCCUAAUUAUUGCAAAUGAGUUAAGAAACAUUUUGGAAUUAUAUAGUUUCAUGUAUAAUGAUAUAGUUUAGUUGAAAUGAUUAAAAUGCAAAAAAAUGGAAAUACCUUUAUUAUAUAAAAUGGACAAACGUUGGUCAAACAUCCCCCACCCCCCAAUAUAGAAUACUCACAGAAGGAGCGUUCACAAAGAAGCAUAAAGUAAUUGUAAUCAUUAUUACGCUUAUUGCUUAAUAGAAACAAUGUAUUUACCUUACGGCUCCACGGUAGCAAAAUAGCUAGUUCUUAUGGUAGAUACUUUGUAAAUAGCGGGCAAGAUAAUAUCCGUCCCAUUUAGAUCACAAACAAGGACUAUUGUACUGUGUCUCUUUAACCCCUUAAGGACCAAACUUCUGGAAUAAAAGGGGAUCAUGACAUGUCACACAUGUCAUGUGUCCUUAAGGGGUUAAGAUAGGCUCUAUUAUAUAAUCUCCAUCAGACCUUACCGGUGAUCGUUCACGUUCCCUGAGGAAGUGAGUGCAUACUCACAUAACGCACACAAGCAGAACGAUCACCAACCUUUCAAAUUUGGCUGCUCUGAGGUUCUGUAGUUCAUAUCCCUUUACCGGCCUAUCGAUAAGACUCAGGAGAGUUUAUUAUAUAAAUAUCAAGUACUUUAUGCUUAAUUAAUUAAAAUUCUGUGAGUACAGUGUUUUGGAGGGUUUUUUUUACCAUUGUUUGUCCAUUUUAUAUAAUAAAUGUAUAAUAUACUAUGUAUGGAAGCAUAUGUCUGUUUUGUGCUUUUUAGCCAUAUCUCAUAAAAUUGUUUUUUUUGUGGGAACGUAAAGGACAUUACUUCUAACAAGCAGCAUUAAUAUACAAGGCUUCCUACAAGAUUCUAGUGCAAGUAUCCCAUUACUAACGCUACAUGGUUUAUACUUUAACAUUUUUAGCGCUCUUCAGGGUUUUGUUUUUUCAUGUAUUUAGGCACUCACGAUAGCAGAGUGUUUCAUAUCCAUUCUGUUUAUUUUGAUUGCCUAAAUAUAUAAUAUUUUUUAGAUAAUGUUUUUUUUUUUUGCGUUGAAUAGGUUAUAAUAUUUUUAUGUUAUAAUGACAAAGACCUUAACUUGCCCUUAUAGUUAUACUAGUCUAAACUUACAUUUGGUCACUUGAUAAUGUUUCACAAACUUUGUUAGAUAAGUAAGCAAACUUUGAAUGGGAUGUAUUGUAAAAGUCAUCAAGAGUCUGGGAAUGUUUGGAUGAUCUCAUGGUCAUAGCCUGUGGACCUGACCCAGUAAAAUAAAUGAAUUAUUACAGUGUUCUCUAGUCAUACAGAGUGUCAUCUCCUCCCCCCACAGACCCUCCAUAAGACAGAUGGUCUUUAGGAGACUAACAAAGCAAUAUUCUUAAGUCUUAAAAUUUUGUCCCAGUCAAUGAGGAAGUUAAGUUGUGCAAGCUAGUCAUUUAAUGUACCAUACAGGGAUGGCUGAAUUUUUGUCUAAGGGCUAUUUCACUGGACUACAAGACCUUUGACCAUAUUACCAAAUUGCUCCUGGUUUCUUUUCAUUACUGCUAGUCUUUCUUACUCUGGUUUCCUGUAUUUUACUUUUUUUAUUGUCUUUUAUAAUUGUGCUAUCGUGUGUGUGUGUGUGUGUGUUUUCAAAAGUUGUAUAUUGUCCUUAUUGUUAUCGUUUGAUUAUUUAUCUUUCCUAAUUUUAUGAUUUGCAUACCUAUUUUAUACAAUAAAUGUGUAGGAUUCCAUUGAAACUGUUCUUCAAUUCCUUUCAUUUGUAAGCAGCUUCCCUCUGUUCGAUAGCAGCAUUUUUUCUUUUAUAACAUUUAUAUUAUUCAGAUUAAUCUUUAAUGCGUGUCUUUACAGGGUUUAUAGAGUAUUGUUAUGAGUAAUUUUGGUUCCCCUGAUGUUUAAAAAUCAUCAAGUUUAACAGAGCCUUAUAGAUAGUGCAGUUCACAAAUAUUUGGAAUACCAACAAGUUUAGCCGUCUCUGAAUUCCCAUCACCCAACAGGGUCUAUUCAUAUCUCUUAUUUACUGUUUUAUUGACUCAGAAGCUCUGUAAUGUUAACUAUACUUCUGGUACUACCAGCUUCAUUAGAACACAAAUGUAAUAUUCGGCAAAAGGGACCAAUGUUCUAGAAUUAUUUUAAUUGCUGUUUAGCUCAGGCUUGUGUAGAAUUCAGCCUUUGAGGGCUAUUAUCCUGCCAAAGUAUUAAGAUUUCUCCUUAUUGUUCCCAACCUAUUAACUCUAAGCUACAUAGUAAUUAAUACUAUAAAAACCUUGCAGGCCGAUGGUCCAUGAGGACCAGGAAUGAAACAGCUUAAAAAUAAAGCUCUAUAAAAUAAUAGAGCUGACCUCUUUGAAAGUUUAACCAAUCGGGAUUUAUUCACUAAACUUUGCGUGUUGACAAUUGAUUAGCAAAAUAUAGGCUAAAACUGAAGAGUUUUGGUCUACUUUUCAUAACUCCUGUUUGAAUUUAUAAAUCUUCAUCAAGCUAAUACUUAAAGGGUACCUGUUAAGGAAAAAAAUCAACUUCCUUUAAAUCACCCCCAAAUACACUGAUUAAAUCAUAUAUCACAAAGAUACAUGAUGUAUUCAAUGUAAAAUAUUGUGAUAAACUCAUCUCCAUUCCAGUGUCACCAUCUUCUGAGAUUCAAGGGUGUUAUUUGUUUAAUGCGUACCAUCCACCUCUGGUCUGUCCUCGGCUCCUCCUGCGAUCUGAUAUGCUUUCAGACCUCCUCAGUGACGUCGACAAGCUGGCUUUGCUGCCUGUAUGCUGGCAUCUUAACUAAGUGAUAUCGGUUCCUCCAUCUCUAUACUCCCUAGCCAGCACUAGCCAAGUUGGCUGGUGAGUUUCCAUAGCAAAUUCAGCACAUGCGCAGUGGUUUCUAUGAUUUGGAGAGCAAAAAGACCUCCUGUUGGGGCUUUCCCUUGUCAGUCAAAUUGUCAGCACAGAGUCUAUGCUGAUGAUUUGACUGAGAAGUGGGAGAAAAACCUAAUUUUUAAUAGUUUUUAUUUUUUUCUCCAAAGCCCUACAUUUGCUAUAAAAACGCCUAGCACAAUGUAUAGAUGAGAUUACAUUCUUGUUUAAAGGAGUGUGAGUGGUUUGGGGCAAGACAGGUCCCUUUUCAUGAUUGAGAACAAAGUCUCUUAGAAAUAAAUGUAUUGUUGCGUAUUUUAGAAUUUCCUCAAAAAAUUCCCUUAAGUGGCAAAAAUUCCUCCCGAAUGACCGUUGGGAACAUCGGAAAUUACAUUUUUGUCCAACUCGCCCUAAUUUUUACACUGUUGUGAAAUUAAAAAUCCUUUGGGGGUAUUUAUGGGAAUUUCCAGGGGUGAAUCCCAACAGGGUCUCCUGCUUUAGAUGCAAAUUUAGAGCUUCUCUAUCUGUUUGUUUGCUGAUUGCAUUGUAUCUUGCUUUUUCUAUGAUCCAAACCUGCAGAUCUUUCUGAUUCACACUAUGAAUGUGUUACUACCAACCUCUGUUCUGCAUUGUUCAACCUGACUUAGUAUAAUUACUAUGCUGAAUAAUAAGGGUGUAUGUUUUCAAUGACCAAGUGUCUAUAUUUAGCUGGUAUGAUGUAGAACAAGUUUAACAAGAGUAAGUGCUUUUUUUUUCAUUAUCCCGAAUAAGAUACUGAAGAGUCACAAAUCCUUGUAAUUUACAUAUCUGUCUUGCUGAAUUAACACUUUCAAAGUAGGAGUUCAUCGUGUUUCCAACUGUCUCUAAAAAACACACCUUUUUUGAUCGUGCUGUAAUUAGAACUUGUGUCAAUCACCCUUUUUAUUACCAGUGAAUUAGUAAUGUUAUUUCAAUUCUCUGUAAAUGGAGUAAAAUGACUACACUGAGAUUAUGCUUGGUAAUUUGAUAAGGUUUUAUUAAAAAAAAAUCUGGGAAAAUAUUCAGAAACAAAGGAAGGAAUAGGUGACCUGUGCACCAGACCUCGCAGACUACAACUCACACAAUGCAUAGGCAGCAUGCUUGUCAAGAUCUACAGUACUUAGAGUGCUAGAGGUUUCUCAGAACCCAUACAUGCUGCAAUUUGGUUACAGUUCAAAUUUACUGAUUUAUUAAGAGUGAAGGGGAUUUUGAAAAUGCUUUUAUUGUGAUUGUGAAAGCAAAUUGACACGUGGACUUAACAAUAUGAUGAACGUGUCCAUGUAUUAAGGUUAUUUGAUUCCCUACCUCUGUUGCUUAUCUUAAGGACACAAGUUAAAGAUUUGCAAGGCUGCAGAUGAUCUGUGCACCGCACUCCCUCUUGGCAUUAUGGAGGACAAGAGUGCCAUUAAAUCCAAGAAUCCUCUGUUGGGUGUUAAUCACUUAGCAGUGACUAGUGAUCUCAUGCUGCACAGAUGGUGAUGUCAGGAAUGACUUAUUCCCUUAAACAAAUGGGUAAUAUUACACAAAUCACCUUUGUGCAUCUGGAUAUCCUAAUACAUGUCCCGAUCUUCCUGAGAUUAGUGGGAGUUCCACUGUAGCAGCUGAAACAGCCAACUCACCAAUAUGUAACUCCUACUAAUCUCAGACAGUACUGGGACAUGCAUAUCCCUGUGCUGCUCCUAUAAUAAAGUUCUCCCCUUAACCCCUACACUGCCCUAACAUGCUACACUACACACUAACCCCUACAUUACAAUGACACCCUACGCUAUCACUUAAACAUUCUAAAACAGUUUAAACCCUACACUCCACUACACAAAAACAAUCUCCACUGUACGUUAACCGUACCCUAAUACUAGCCAUUAAUUCCUUACACUUCCUUAAUACUCACCCCAACAUGAAAAUAUAAUGUAAUCUAAAUAAUACAGAAUAGUGAAGCAUGGAUUAUUGUGAAAUAAGGCAAUCUGGAUUCUGGAGACAUUUUUAAACCACUCGACCUUUGGUCUCUAUGUUUCUUUUAUUGGCUCCAGAACCCAGAGAUUGAAUUAUUUUCAAAUAAUAAAACAGUUCAUUAUUACGUAUCAUAUUUAUGUAUUUAUAUCUAGGCAUGUGAUCAGUUCACGCGUUAAUAUUCCAAUAUUAUUUAGUAUACAUUGAAAGGGGAUUUCUAAUCCAUAACAUAAGGCUAUUCCUACCUUACCUAGGAUAUUUAUUGUAACCUUCUUUGUUCUUAGAUCUGGGGAACGUUGUGUUAUAUUUGAGCCAUGGUAAUUGGAACCUCGUGUGAACCACGUCAUGUGCCAAAGUCAAACAUUGAAGUCUCUUAGGGUGUUGGCCCUGUAUUUUUAAAGUUAUGUUUAUGUAUGCUUAGGAAUUUUUUUGUGUUACGUAUUGGUGCGGUGGCUGGUUUGUGAAGUGUGUGUGUGGAUAUGUAGCCUGUACAUGGUUUUGCAUAUUUGUGUGUGAGCUGUCUGUUGUGUCAUGUGAGUAUAUUUGUGAGCUGUGUGUUGUGUAUGCUUUUUUUGUUCUGUCUGUGUGUUUUCAGGCUGCGUUUUGUGAUAUGUAUGUGUGUUUUCUGUUUGUACUAUUUAUGAGUGUCUGGUUGUCUGUAGUGUUAUGUGUAUUUAUGAAGACUCUGUGGUAUUGUGUGUAUGUUGACUGUAUAUGUGGACUGUUUUGUUGUGUAUGUGUGUAGUCAGUGUGUGUGUGUGUGUGGUUUGAUUUCAGUAUUUGUUUGUGUCUAGUGUCUUCUGGGUGCUGAAGUGUUGUGUGUAUCUGGACUGUUUGUGGCAUUGUGUGUUCUGGGGGUUGUGUCUUUGUCUGUGUGUAUGUGAGCUGUUUGUUGUAUUGUGCAUCUGUUUAUAUGGGCUUACGUUUUUCCAUCAAGACAGAGCAUUACCAUAGUAGCCUGCGGCAAUGCUUUGAAUCACAGAGAAGAGUCAGAGCACAAGGGAAGAUUCCUGCAGGUGGUGCAGGCCACAGAUUCUCUUGCGCAAUGGGAUGCUCCAGACUGGCUGGGGAGGUCCUUUGAUUUCCAUAGCUGGUCCAUCUGGGUCAAGCCACCUCAUGUACCAGGGAAAGGCAACCCAAGUGCUAUGCAUAGUACACGUGCCUUAGGUCCCUGACCCAUGUAAUAGAUGCAAAUUUUUGCCACCUGGCUACUAGGUGGUUCCGGUGAUCACUGCUUAGUAACAGGGCCCCACUGAUUGUGCACCUAGAAGGAGGGGGGCAUUGGCGCCAGUCUCUUUAAUUUGGGUCCUAAGAACCCUUGUAAUUUUGUUUUGUCAGCAAACAUACAACAAAAAAAAGUAUAUAUAUUUUAUGCGGACAUAUGUCUAUCUUUAGUCACAAUUUAUGCACCACUUUGAUACAUUCAUACAAAAAGAUGUUUAUGAAAGAGUGAGAUGAGGUGAUUUGACAAUCACGAUGGAAAAAUUAGACCAGCCUGGAAAAAAUGACAAGGAUGUUGUAUACAGGAGCAAUAAACAAAUAGACUAAAUAAACAUAAACAUUGUUAUACACUAAAGCAUGAAUUGCAAAGAACCCAAAGUGUGAAUUUAAAGUUAAAUUCAAAUUUUAGGUCAAAGUAGCUGAACUGAAACAAAGGUUGAUUUGGAGAACUUAUCCUAUUUUGCUGUUUUGGACAAAAAUUUUAAAGGGACACUAUAGUCACCAGAAAAACUACAGCUUAUUAUAUUUGUUCUGGUUAGUAUAUUCAUUCCCUUCAGCCUUUUUGCAGUAAACACAGUUUUUUCAGAGAAAAGGCAAUGUUUACAUUACAGCUUAGGGAUAGCUCCAGUGGCCUCUCUCUUCGUGUGGCUACUAGAGGUGCUUCCUGGGGCAGUGCUGCACACUCAGCACACUCGGUGCUUCCUGGGGCAGUGCUGCACACUCAUUCAGUGUCUCCACCCUCUGCAUUAAAACGCUGAAUUUUCCUCAUAGAGAUGCAUUGAUUCAAUGCUUCUCUAUGAGGAGAUGCUGAUUUUCCAGGGCUGUGUUUGACUUGUACUGGCUCUGCCCCUGAUCUACCUCCUUGACAGUCUUUGCCAACCCAGUGCUUCUCUAUGUGAAAGCAUUGUGAUUGGCUGAGAGAAUCACGUCUGAUGAUGUCAGCCAAGCAGGCAGAUCAGGGGUAUAGCCAGCAGCAGCAGAUUGGAAUACAAGUAAGAUUUUGCUUAUGGGGGCCAGGGAGGCUAGAUGGUGGUUUAACACAAUAUGGUCAAGAAUAUAUGUUUGUAUUCCUGACCCUAUAUUGUUCCUUUGAAUUGAAUUAUUUCUGCAAUUCCUGGAUAAACCCCAAAACAUUCUAAACUCCUAUAAAAGAGCGGCAAAUGCACGUGUUUAACUCCUUUGUCAUUGGUUGCUGUCUGCUACUGAUAUAUGCUAAAAAAUAUGUACAAUCAAGUGAUGUUCGAUAAUAUCGAACCAACUAACAAUAUAGUAACAAUCCCUUUUAAUUGUUAGCCGUUCAGUGUGAAGACUGAGCUUGAAAAUACAUUGACCAUGAUGCAGGUGUAGUUCUAAAACUAGCCCUCCCUAUGGCUGUAAAAUAGUUAAACAAUAUGUGAAAUCAUUGUAAAACCGGUUUAAAUAGUUUGUUUGGCUUAUACAUUUUACAGUUUUUUGUUGUUGUUUUUUUGUUUUAAUAAUGUUUUUUUUUUGUGUGUGUGUUUUUUUCAGAGGCGGCCAAUGGAAAUGUGCCACAGGGUCAGCGUCCGCCACCCCGUAUAAAAAAUGUCCAAAUCAACAAUCAGAUUGUGAAGUUGAAAUAUUGCUACACAUGCAAAAUCUUCCGUCCUCCUCGGGCUUCGCACUGCAGUAUCUGCGAUAAUUGUGUGGGUGAGUCAUUUGAUGAUGGCGGGUUUAAUAAUAGGGUCAAUCCAAAUGGCUUCUAUUGAUUUCAGUGCUACAAUGAGAUGUUCUGCCUUCCUGUCUUGCUACAUAGGGGUUUAUUCUAUAAAAGUGAAUUGUGGUGAAAACCAGAAUUAUCCAAGUUUUAUUUAAAACAAACAAUAUGGUAAUAUCAUUUAGCUGGGUAAUCAUUCUAAUUCUGUAAUUUUAAUGUAAAUUCUGCAAAUUCAUAUUUCAAUUUCAAUUACUCAACUAUAAAUUGUUUAGACUUGACUGUAGAUUUGCACAUUUAUAGCCAAAUUGCCAAUCGUCUUAUUAAUUGAACAUGUUUAUUUAGCUAUUUUAACCAAAUAUUCCCUGAUCAGUUCCUAGCAAGUGAAUGAACGACACUGAAGGCACCAUACCCACUUCAAUGGAUUAGGGAGAUUAUGGUGCCUGAUUCUUGAUUCUCUAUCGCCAGGUCCCACACUAAUUUUAAAAAAGCCUCUCCUCUUCCUUGUUACACACACUAGUCAGAGAAGAUGGCUAACCUCUCCCUCGAAAGCAUCGUUACAGGACUUAUUCAGUAUAACGCUUUUACAUUCACCCUAACAUUUAAUAUAUAUUAUUUGAGCUAUAUCUGCAUACUAUGGAUUCUUGGGUGUGAGUACAUACAUUAUUUUCUUUCUUUAUUUAACUCUACCCUUCUAGUAACAUGUCCUGCAUUGUUUGUUUUCUCUCUCUACCUCUCACUCUGUCCUUACACAAAAUAUUUAUGACCCUCUGUGAGAAUGUUGUCUAUUUUCUGUCAGACCAAUGUAUUAUCUGCACUUUUGUCGCUUUAACCCCAUUGUCACAACUCAAGGUUGCAUUCAAUGUGUUGUUUUUUUUCUCAGAAAUGCUUUAACCCCUUAAGGACACAUGACAGAAAUAUUCCGUCAUGAUUCCCUUUUAUUCCACUUGCUGCGAAUGUAAUGCAUAGCCCGACACUAGCUUCCGACAGGCAAUGGUCUCAAGUAUAUUAAUAUUCUUGGGUUUGCGUGCUGCAACCACCUUUUUCAGAGAUUUUCUAUGGGGUUUAAGUCAAUUGACUGUGAUGGCCACUGUAUAAUUUUCCAGGACUUAUUCUGCAACCAACUCUGGGUGGAAUUUGGUGUAUGCUUGGGAUCAUUGUCUUGUUGGAAGGUCCAAUGAUGCCAAAGCGUCCGCUUCCUCGCAGAUAGCAUGACGUUUUCUCCUAGGAUUUCCUGACACUUCAAUUAAUCCAUCUUGUGUCCAUCGUCAUUCAAUGGUUUUCACAACCUCCCUUCUCAGAAAUCUAGUUGCAGCCAUUGAUACUACAUGCCCUGUCCAUGUAGUAUGACUAAACUUUCUUGUUGUUUCUUCAACUUUGAACUUGCUAAUUAUGCUUCCAAUGCUGUCUUUAGGAACAUUCAGUGCCUUCACUAUCUUUUUGUAUCCUGUUCCUUGUUUAUGAAGGGUGAUCAUCUCUUAAUUUUGUGGACCAUUCUUUUCAAUUAUUUCUAACAUGCAGUCAAAUGUGACACUCAACAAACUCCUAGCCAGUUCAGGUAUUUCAAGUGUUCCAGCUCAAGCACACCUGGUGCAACUAAUGAGGCCCUUGAUUAGUUGCAUCAGAUGUGCUUGAGACAACAUCUGUUUUGCAUAUUUGUGCCGUUGUGAGGGAUUCUAUUAAGGUGGUUGAUUAAUUUUGAGACCGGAGAAGUCAUACAUUGCAUUUUCAGUUACAUUUGAGGAUACCACUUAAAGCAUCCAUUGUGCAUCGUGUUCAGAUAUUUCAAUUGUUUCUGUUUGAUUUGUUCAUUGCAAACAGCUGAAAGUCUGUACAUUUUGACAUUAAAUUUGAUUUGCAAUGGGGGUUGAGUAAUUUUGAUUAUAACUGUAUGUAUUUCAUCUGUUAUUGUACAUUUGCAUCACUGGACUAAUACAGCUACAAUAUCUAAUAUAAAUAUAAAAAAAUAUAUAUAUAAAUAUAAUAUUAUAUUUGAUUUCCUAGGGUGACAAACAAUCCAGUUAUCAUUAUUGCUUGAAAAAUAUAAAAUUUAAAGCCAGUAUUACUGAAUUGUAAACAUUUCUGCAACUGUAUUUAAUUCUCUGCCAUUUAUGCCUAAAAUUUUGCAAUUAUUUCCAAGCAGCUCUUUUUGUAGUGAAUAACCUUGUCUAUGGGAUCUUUUAUUCUGCAUUACUCGGGAUCAUGGGAAAUAACAUCAGCUUUUAGAACUUUUGUACCAUUUGUCCUAUUUUUCAGAUAACUCUAACAUGUUUGCUGUUAAAGUAGGAUAAAUGUGGCAUUGAUGCUUAUUUCAUGCAGCCAAAAGUAUUAUACACUAGGAAUAUAUAUGGAUUCCCCACUUUAGGUCAUGUAAAUUUAGACGUCAUAAAGAGUUAUUUCCUAAACUGUAAAUGGUCAGGAAUUAACCAGGGGAUUCAAGCUUUUAGGACAAAUAAUAGAAUUCUUCAACUUUUUUCCUGCUAUGAUGUUUUGUCAGUUGCUCACAAUUAUUGAAUGAAGAUCGCUCCUGCUUGCUAGGAAGAUUAAUAAAUCCAAUAACUGUAUAUACUGUGUAUAAUCUGUGAAAUACCAGAAAUCCAGUCAGUAUACAUAAAAAAUGACCACAGACAGCAGUUUAAAACAAAUCUAUAGAGCCACUCAGAAUAGACAGCACAUAACCAAAUAGCAGAACAUAUAGUAAGUUUAGAUUAGUGUGGUAUAUUUUGGUAUAAACCACUGUUUUGAGAAUAUGUUCCAAGCUGGUAUGCCAAGGUAGGUCUAAACACCACCUACUGACCUACCAAUUAUAUCUCCAAAACCUGUUCCACCAUUUCACAUCUGGCAAGAUGUGUUACCCCUCCAGUGAGCGCAGUGAUAUUUUAUUAAUAUUAACCAUAUUAAUGAUAUACAAGAACAGGUGCUUUUUCACUACGUGAAUUGACUUCUUUACAUUGAUUUUCAGAGUUUUCUGAGUCAGCAGCUGUGGUAUAUCUUAUGUCUAUGAAUAUAACUAUAUUUGCAAACAGGUUAGAUUGAAUAUUGAUUGCAAGCCUCUAAGGUGCAAAUUAUUAAUAUUAUAUAAAUGUCUCGAAGUCCAUUGACCAGUUUAGCACGUGGUGUGACUAGGUUAUGGAUGUAACACUUUUUACGGUAUCUCUCAGAGGUGAAUUGAUUUCUGUGUAACGUAACUAAUCAAUGUAAAAUGAUAUGAUAUGAUGUUUAUUGUACCCAACACUGCUACAAAAUAAAUCACUAUUUUCUUCACUUAGCAAAGCAUGUAGGACAGAUAAUGUGACACAUCAUCAAAUCACACACUGGUUUAUAUUUUAUAUUUCAAAUUAAGAGAAGCAAAUGUUUAACUUUAAGAUAUUGCACUAAAAAUAUGUGUCUGUCUAUGUAUGUAUGUACUUUCAAGUCUGCCUAUCAUUGUUUAAAAGGACACUACAGUCACCAGAACAACUACAGCUUAAUGUAGUAGUUCUGGUAUCUACAGCAUGUCCCUGCAGGCUUUUCAAUAUAAACGCUGCCUUUUCACAGAAAAGGCUGUGUUUACAUUGCUACCUAAUAACACCUCUAGGUGCAGUCACUCAGCCGACCACUAGAGGUGAUGCACAACUCUGCAUGGAGAUGCUGAACAUUCCUCAUAUAGAUUAAUUGAUUUAAGGCUUAUCUUUGAGGAGAUGCUCACUGGUGCUGCGUGGUGUUUUGCAGUGCAUGUGCAAUAGUCUCCUAAUGCUUUCCUAAUGGGAAUUAGCCAUCAUCAAGAUUAAUGGAGCACUAUAGUGCCAGGAAAACAAACUCGUUUUUCUGGCCUCAUAGGGUAAUUAGGUCCCUCCCACCCUCAGGGCCCCCGUCCCGAUGGGCUGAAGGGGUUAAAUCCCCUUCAGCCACUUACCUUUCUCCAGCGCUGGGCUCCCUCGGCGCUGGGGAACUCACCUCCCUCUGCCGACGUCAGCUCCGAAUGCUUUCCUAUGGACGUCCAGCGUCUUCUCACUGUGAUUUUCACAGUGAGAAUCGCGGAAGCUCCUCUAGCAGCUGUCAGUGAGACAGCCACUAGAGGCUGGAUUAACCCUAAGUGAAACAUAGCAGUUUCCCUGCUAUGUUUUCAGCUGCAUGGUUAAAACUAGUGGGACCUCACACUCAGACCACUUCAUUGAGAUGAAGUGGUCUGGGUGCCUAUAGUGGUCCUUUAACCCCUUAAGGACCAAACUUCUGGAAUAAAAGGGAAUCAUGAGAUGUCAGACAUGUCAUGUGUCCUUAAGGGGUUAAUGAUCUUUAAUUGAUUAAUAUAUAUAUAUAUAAUUUUUUUUUUUUAAAGCACCAGAUGGAGACAUGUCCUUUUACUGGUGUUCAUGACAGUUACUAAAAUCAUGUCCUAUUUAUUCACAGAGCGCUUUGACCAUCAUUGUCCGUGGGUUGGAAAUUGUGUAGGAAAGAGGAAUUACCGGUACUUCUACCUCUUCAUACUGUCCUUGUCCCUACUGACCAUUUACAUUUUUGCCUUCAACAUUGUCUACGUUGCCCUGAGUGAGUUUACUUCCCAAUUUUAAGUACUGAAUAUUGGGGGUAAAGCUCCCACAUCAAGCAUUUUCAAAGUCUAAUUUUUCAUAUUGCUUUAUACUCUUUUUCAGAUACUUUGCAAGUUGGCUUCCUGAACACAUUGAAAGAGAGUCCAGGAACAUAUCCUUUUGCACCCUCUACUUUGUCAUUAUUAGAUCUGUUUCAACUCACUCUAGUUCUGUAUAAGAACACUUUGAAAGUUAAAAAGCUUUCUUAUUAUCUGUAGGUCUUGUCUCAAAUACCACACUUUUUUUUUUUUCAAUGCUUUUUUCCAAAAUAUUCAUAAGGAAAAGUAGGUACUACUUUGUCAGCCUGCUGGUUCUACAAAUAUAACAUAUACAAAGGGUGGAACUUUAGUCAAGCUCCAAGUCUUUUUCCAACUUUGUAAUUUGCCCAGAAUCUGUGUACUUGCCUCUCUCCAGCAAGUAUACCGCAUUAUGUAAAGAUUGCGGUGCCUAGGUAGAAGACCCUGUGGAACAGACAAUCCUUCAAAAACAAGUGAAGUCGGUUCCAGGGUCAAAAAAUGGUCCAGUAGCAUCAGUGAGAACUGAGUAAUGGAUCCGCUAGCUCUCAACCGUGAGAUCCAAAACAUGACAGAGCCACUUCAAGUGGAAGACAAUGUCUGCACUAAUAUAGUAGCAGAGCCCCAAAUAACAGAUGAUAAUUAUCAAUGAAAUGGAAAGGUCUUUCUGUCAUUUUCCAACAUUCUUCUUUUUUCUCUACACUUUAUUUAAUGUGUGUAUUCUGAUCAGUUAAAUGUACAAUAGCAUCUCACAGUUUGUUCAAAAAAAUAUAUAAAUUCAUAUUAAUGGAAGAAGAGUCUCAAUUGAUAUGCUUGCAUGCUUAGAAAUCCCCCUUAUAAAUGAAUGGGACACACUUAAACAUGGGCAGAACAGUUUUUUGUUCACUUGUUAAAAAUGAUAGGAGACGAACAGACACUUCAGAGCUGUAUUGUACAUGUUAAGUUUAUAUUUUAUAUAUUUGUAAUUAUGUGUGAUGCCCGAAGCAUCUUUUUAAUUGGUUUUGGCAAAUAUGAUACUUAUCGUGCUUAAGCAAUUAGUUUUCUAAUUGGUGUUGUUGGAAAAUAUUUAUGCAAUUCUAGAUCUAAACCUUGUCAAAACACAUUUUUUACACUUGUGGAUGUCACUCACAAUACUCUUUAUUGCUCUACUGCAUUUUGCAAGGAUCCAUUAUUUUGCUGUCCUUGAAGUGUGUGCCAGCAUUGCUUUGGGUGUGUUUUGGGCGUAAAAUGACGUAUUCCUCCUUAACAGAUUCUUCACUGUUCUAGAAGUGUUUAUCUGUUUCUUCACACUCUGGUCUGUUGUGGGUCUUACUGGCUUCCACACGUUCUUGGUUUCCUUGAACCAAACUACAAAUGAAGAUGUGAGUAUAUUAAUCUCACAUUCCCUUUACAGUACUUUACCAGUGGUUCUAAUAUAUUAUGACACAAAAAAUACUUGUUUUAACCAACAGGGGUUUAUGUAUUAACAAGGCAUAUUUAGAAAACAAAUAACAGUUAUAUAUCUCUGUAAACUACGUGUGAGCCAGAAUCAUGUUUAUGUAAGUUUCUCUUUUUUUUAAAUUUAAUUUUAUUUUUUAUACCUCCAUUCUAUUUUUUUCAGUGUCUUUCCUCACCUGUGGAUGUGACUGAUAACUUUAGUCAGUAUUUCAAAACAUUAUUAAAGGGACACUUGGGGCACCCAGACCACUUCAGCUAAUUGAAGUAGUCUGGGUACAGUGUCGCUUUUGCACUUAGUGCUGCAAUGUAACACAUUGCAGUUCCAGAGAAACUGCAAUGUUUACAUUACAGCUCUAAAUCCACCCCCAGGGGCUGUCUCACAGAAUCGCUUCCUGAAUCCAAACGGACCUUUGGUCCGGUAUCUGACGCUGGACAUCCUCACACUCUGUAUGAUGACAUCCAGCUUCAGAUUUUUCCCCAUAGGAAAACAUUGCUUUAAUGCUUUCAUAUAGGGAGGUAUAAUGCAUGCACAACACUUGCCGUGCAUGCGCAUUAGCGUCCGCCUGUCGCUGGAGGGGACGACGACAAUGAGUCUUUAAAUUAUUUUAUUACAUGGUUUGUCAUUGAUCAUUAAUGGUUAAAGGGUUACUCCAACCACUAUGACAACUUCUGCUAUAUGAAGCGGUCGUGGUGGUAGGAGUUUAGAUGUGCAGUCUUAUAGCUUGAAACAUUGAACAUCUAGAGUAAUUAUCACUUUUGUACCGGUGGAAAGUUGCGCCCCAAUGUCAGUUGUGCUGCCAAUGUCAAUACGGUGUAUAUCUAACAUCUGUCGUCAGUGCACGCGGCACACUAGCAAUAGACUUAAAGGGGAUUUUGUUCCUCUCCCUUUCCUCACUACAGCCCUCCCACCUCCCUUUCCCGUCUGCAUAGAGUUUUUUUGUUUUCUAUCCCCUCCCUGUCUCCUCCCCUUGCUAGAGCAGAGCAUGUGCAUGCGUUCUGAGCCACUAAAUGGUCAAAUGAAAGGCUUCUGUAACAGUCUGCUGACAUCAUCAGAAGUGGUAGCCUGAUCCAAUCACAAUGCUUCCCCACAGGAUUGGCUGAGACUGACAAAGAGGCAGAUCAGGGGCAGAGCCAGCAUCAGGGCCGCCAUCAGAAAAUUUGGGGCCCAUGACAAAGCACAAGGUCUGGGCCCCCCCCUCCCUCCUCGCGGGCCCGCCCACGCCCUACCUAGUCCGCUCACAAUGAUGCAGGACUGAAUGUGGUGUGUGUAUAGUGGAAGUGAAUUAGAAUGUGUGUAAUGGAUGUAGUGUUUGUGUGUAUUAGAUACUGUUUGUGCAAUGAAUGCAGAGUGUGUGUUUGUGUAGCGGAUGCAGUGUGUAUAGUGAACGCAGAGUGUUUUUGAGUAGUGGAUGUAGUUUGUGUACAGUGAUGUAGUGUGUGUUUGUGUAGUGGAUGUAGUGUUUGUAUGUACUAGAUGAAAUGUGUUUAGUGGAUGCAGUGUCUGUAGUGUGUGUAUCAGACGCAGUGUCUGUGUAUAGUGAAUGCAGAGUGUUUCAAUUUGUGGUGGAUGUAGUGUGUGUACUGUGAAUACAGGAUGUUUGUGUAGUGGAUGCUGUGUGUACAGUUAAUGCAGAGUGUAUGUUAGUGUAGUGAAUGCAGAGUGUGUGUCAGUAUAGUGAAUCCAGAGUGUGUGCAUAGUUUAGUGAAUGCAGAGUGUGUGUUAGUGUGUAGUGAAUGCAGAGUGUGUCAGUGUAAUGAAUGUAGUGUGUGUUAGUGCAGUGAAUGCAGAGUGUGUGUAAAUUGUAGUGAAUGCAGAGAGUGUUUAGUAUGUAGCGGAUGCAGUGUGUGUGUUAGUGUAGUGAAUGCAGAGAGUUGUUAGUGUGUGUGUAGUGGUUAGUGUGUGCGGUGCAGAGUGUGUGUGUGUGUGUAGCGGUGGAUGUGUGUUGCGUUAGUGUAUGCAGUGUGUGUGUGUGUUAGUGUAUGCAGUGUGUGUUGUGUUAGUGUGUAUGCAGUGUGUGUGUUGUGUUAGUGUAUGCAGUGUGUGUUGUGUUAGUGUAUGCAGUGUGUGUGUGUUGUGUUAGUGAAUGCAGUGUAUGUGUGUGUUAUUGUAUGCAGUGUGUGUGUGUGUUAUUGUAUGCAGUGUGUGUGUUGUGUUAUUGUAUGCAGUGUGUGUGUUGUGUGUUGUAUGCAGUGUGUGUUGUGUUAGUGAAUGCAGUGUAUGUGUGUAUUAAAGAAAAAAUUCCAAAAAGGCUGCUUUACUAGAAUGCAGCAAAUAGGAAAAGAACCCAGUCCAAUCUCAAAAAGAAGUAGUAUAAAUAAUACCAAAAAUAAUAAAACUUUAUUAGGAUAAAAAGUUGACCAAAAAAGUCUAAGGUCUAGUACUAGGAGGGGUAUAAAACAUAUACAAAAGCCUGCCAGACUGCCAAAAGGAAAAAAGGCAGUGAACUAAGCUUGUAUUGCAUAUACCUUAGUGAAUAGCAGCAUAGGUAACCUUAAUAGGAGAGAGAGGCUGCAUAUAUGGUAUAUAGUAUUAGGCAACCCAAAAAAGGGGGGAGGAGGGGAAAUGCCCCAAUUGUAACAUAAAGGGAACCAAUAAAAUACCAAUACUCAAAAUCAAAACCUCCCCCCACCUUAAUACCUUCCCAAAUCGAAAGAACAAUCCUAAGGUAGAGACAACACUCUAAGCUAAUACACUAUCUCCUAAACAACACCUUCGUGGGUGUUCUAAUCUAUAAUCUAAACCUAGACCAUAGUCAAAUAGAUAAUGUGCCCAGUGCUCGUUAGUGCAAAAACAAAAAACCCAACACGCGUUUCGGCGAAACUACACGCCGUCCUCAGGGGUAUUGCAAAACGAAGCUAUCCCUGCCCUGUAAUUUAUACCCAUGCUAAUUCUCUUACACCUGAACGGCGGCCAAUGAGUGCCUCCUGCAAUUAGGUCACCGCACCAAUAAUAUCAUUAGAGGGGCGGGACACAAAUGCCAGCACCCAAUCAAUAGGUGUUCAGUCUCUCCGGUCGCUACACCAAUAAGAUUGUGGGGGCGUGAUAUACACGUCGCCGCUCACAAAAAAGAAACCGUGAGCGGCCGGAGUAAUCAAAAAGCCGGUCCAGUGAUUUAACCCCUCAUGUCCCACAAACAUCAUCCAUAUAGGGCAUCUCUUCACAAUCAGGGGCAAAUAAAACUGAGACAAUACCAUCUGACCCAAUGACAAACCCUAAAUGAUCCCAAACGAAAAAAUAGAUCACUUAGGUUAAAAGGUCAGAAAAAGCAAAAUAAUUAACAAUGUCUAAACAGAAAAUUGCCGCUGAAAAAAGGUUAAGAUGUUGCCAGUGUGUCCAUGUUUGAGCACAGUACAUAUUCAAACAAGGUCUAAAGAGCAAAUAAGUAACUGUGUCUAAUUGUAAGUACUAUGUUGCCACUAGGAUGUAUUAUAUUAUAAGUGUAUCUAUGAACAAACACUUUACUUUAUCAGCACAAAUACAACCAUAAUCCAUGGCAUAUAGAAUAAGACACCUUAAUAUGAUAUGAGAAUGAGGGUAAUAAAUGGGUGUAAAAGUAAGAAGGAAAAAGGGCAAUAAGGGGUAGCAACCAAAUAAAUAAAAAACUAAUAAAGAGUAUAUAUACAUAUGUACAAACUUAACAAGAGAUACCUUAAAGGUAUUGCCAUUCUAUUAAAUAAACGGGGAGUAAGAAAACCCUUCAUUCAGCCCAAGUGGGGACAGAGUUUUGAGGCGAUAAAUCCAAAAAGCCUCUCUUUGUCUUAAUCUCUGAUCCCAGUUUCCUUUGCGCGGUGGUUGUGGUAUAUGUUCCAGACCCAUAAACCGGAUACCUGCUGAGGAAUGAUUGUGAUGUAAAUGUAAAUGUCUAGAGACUGGUGUCUCCAAAUGUCUCCUGACAGAAUUUACAUGUUCACGUAUCCUGAGUCUGAAAUGACGAAAAGUCUUGCCCACAUAUUUCAAACCGCAGGAGCAAGUCAAUAGGUAAAUUACCCCAGUUGUGUGACAGUUAAAGAAAGAGUGGGGUUUAAAUUUCUCCCUAUCCCCACUAUCAGAAAACGUCUUGGAGUGUCUAUUAAUAAAUGGGCAGGCACUACAGCAGGUAUCCGGUUUAUGGGUCUGGAACAUAUACCACAACCACCGCGCAAAGGAAACUGGGAUCAGAGAUUAAGACAAAGAGAGGCUUUUUGGAUUUAUCACCUCAAAACUCUGUCCCCACUUGGGCUGAAUGAAGGGUUUUCUUACUCCCGUUUAUUUAAUAGAAUGGCAAUACCUUUAAGGUAUCUCUUGUUAAGUUUGUACAUAUGUAUAUAUACUCUUUAUUAGUUUUUUAUUUAUUUGGUUGCUACCCCUUAUUGCCCUUUUUCCUUCUUACUUUUACACCCAUUUAUUACCCUCAUUCUCAUAUCAUAUUAAGGUGUCUUAUUCUAUAUGCCAUGGAUUAUGGUUGUAUUUGUGCUGAUAAAGUAAAGUGUUUGUUCAUAGAUACACUUAUAAUAUAAUACAUCCUAGUGGCAACAUAGUACUUACAAUUAGACACCGUUACUUAUUUGCUCUGUAGACCUUGUUUGAAUAUGUACUGUGCUCAAACAUGGACACACUGGCAACAUCUUAACCUUUUUUCAGCGGCAAUUUCCUGUUUAGACAUUGUUAAUUAUUUUGCUUUUUCUGACCUUUUAACCUAAGUGAUCUAUUUUUUCGUUUGGGAUCAUUUAGGGUUUGUCAUUGGGUCAGAUGGUAUUGUCUCAGUUUUAUUUGCCCCUGAUUGUGAAGAGAUGCCCUAUAUGGAUGAUGUUUGUGGGACAUGAGGGGUUAAAUCACUGGACCGGCUUUUUGAUUACUCCGGCCGCUCACGGUUUCUUUUUUGUGAGCGGCAACGUGUAUAUCACGCCCCCACAAUCUUAUUGGUGUAGCGACCGGAGAGACUGAACACCCAUUGAUUGGGUGCUGGCAUUUGUGUCCCGCCCCUCUGAUGAUAUUAUUGGUGCGGUGACCUAAUUGCAGGAGGCACUCAUUGGCCGCCGUUCAGGUGUAAGAGAAUUAGCAUGGGUAUAAAUUACAGGGCAGGGAUAGCUUCGUUUUGCAAUACCCCUGAGGACGGCGUGUAGUUUCGCCGAAACGCGUGUUGGGUUUUUUGUUUUUGCACUAACGAGCACUGGGCACAUUAUCUAUUUGACUAUGGUCUAGGUUUAGAUUAUAGAUUAGAACACCCACGAAGGUGUUGUUUAGGAGAUAGUGUAUUAGCUUAGAGUGUUGUCUCUACCUUAGGAUUGUCCUUUCGAUUUGGGAAGGUAUUAAGGUGGGGGGAGGUUUUGAUUUUGAGUAUUGGUAUUUUAUUGGUUCCCUUUAUGUUAUAAUUGGGGCAUUUCCCCCCCCCCCCCUUUUUUUGGGUUGCCUAAUACUAUAUACCAUAUAUGCAGCCUCUCUCUCCUAUUAAGGUUACCUAUGCUGCUAUUCACUAAGGUAUAUGCAAUACAAGCUUAGUUCACUGCCUUUUUUCCUUUUGGCAGUCUGGCAGGCUUUUGUAUAUGUUUUAUACCCCUCCUAGUACUAGACCUUAGACUUUUUUGGUCAACUUUUUAUCCUAAUAAAGUUUUAUUAUUUUUGGUAUUAUUUAUACUACUUCUUUUUGAGAUUGGACUGGGUUCUUUUCCUAUUGGCUGCAUUCUAGUAAAGCAGCCUUUUUGGAAUUUUUUCUUUAAUUCAUUAUCUCUUGGGUUAUCCCCUAUUACCCAGUUUAGGUGACCAUACUUACCCAGGGGAAGGGAGGGGGGCAAGGGAUUUUUUCUCUGUCCCUACCUUCCGGUACCCUGUGUAUGUCUUUCUAUUUUUUUAUUCAGUGUAUGUGUGUGUUAUUGUAUGCAGUGUGUGUUGUGUUAGUGAAUGCAGUGUAUGUGUGUGUUAUUGUAUGCAGUGUGUGUUGUGUUAGUGAAUGCAGUGUAUGUGUGUGUUAUUGUAUGCAGUGUGUGUGUUAGUGUAUGCAGUGUGUGUGUUGUGUUAGUGUAUGCAGUGUGUGUGUGUGUGUUAGUGAAUGCAGUGUAUGUAUGUUAUUGUAUGCAGUGUGUGUUGUGUUAGUGUAUGCAGUGUGUGUUGUGUUAGUGUAUGCAGUGUGUGUUGUGUUGGUGAAUGCAGUGUAUGUGUGUGUUUUUGUAUGCAGUGUGUGUUGUGUUAGUGUAUGCAGUGUGUGUUGUGUUGGUGAAUGCAGGGUAUGUGUGUGUUAUUGUAUGCAGUGUGUGUUGUGUUAGUGUAUGCAGUGUGUGUUGUGUUAGUGAAUGCAGUGUAUGUGUGUUAGUGUAUGCAGUGUGUGUGUGUUAGUGUAUGCAGUGUAUGUGUUGUGUUAGUGAAUGCAGUGUAUGUGUGUGUUAGUGUAUGCAGUGUGUGUGUUAGUGUAUGCAGUGUGUGUGUUAGUGUAUGCAGUGUGUGUGUGUGUUAGUGUAUGCAGUGUAUGUGUGUGUUAUUGUAUGCAGUGUGUGUGUUGUGUUAGUGUAUGCAGUGUGUGUGUGUGUGUUAGUGAAUGCAGUGUAUGUGUGUUAUUGUAUGCAGUGUGUGUUGUGUUAGUGUAUGCAGUGUAUGUGUGUGUUAGUGAAUGCAGUGUGUGUGUGUGUUAUUGUAUGCAGUGUGUGUGUGUUAGUGUAUGCAGUGUAUGUGUGUGUUAUUGUAUGCAGUGUGUGUUGUGUUAGUGUAUGCAGUGUGUGUUGUGUUAGUGAAUGCAGUGUAUGUGUGUGUUAGUGUAUGCAGUGUGUGUGUGUGUGUUAGUGUAUGCAGGGUAUGUGUUGUGUUAGUGAAUGCAGUGUAUGUGUGUGUUAGUGUAUGCAGUGUAUGUGUGUGUUAGUGUAUGCAGUGUAUGUGUGUUAGUGAAUGCAGUGUAUGUGUGUGUUAUUGUAUGCAGUGUGUUGUUAGUGUAUGCAGUGUGUGUGUUGUGUUAGUGAAUGCAGUGUGUGUGUGUUAGUGUAUGCAGUGUAUGUGUGUGUUAUUGUAUGCAGUGUGUGUGUUGUGUUAGUGUAUGCAGUGUGUGUGUUAUUGUAUGCAGUGUGUGUGUGUGUUAGUGUAUGCAGUGUAUGUGUGUGUUAUUGUAUGCAGUGUAUGUGUGUGUUAGUGUAUGCAGUGUGUGUGUGUUGUGUUAGUGUAUGCAGUGUGUGUGCUAUUGUAUGCAGUGUGUGUUGUUAGUGUGUGAUCUGGGGGGAGGGGGAGGAAGGGGCAUUUUAACAUUAAUUUUUUAUUGAUUUAAUUAAAUGUUUCUCCCCCCUCCCUGCUUACCUGUGUCCAUGGAGGGGGGAGAUUCCAUCCCUGGUGGUCCAGUGGGGGGCCCCCCGGCUCCCUGUUACCGCAGAGGGGGCCCAGGCAGCACACAGCUUCUCCUCUCUUCUCAUAACUCUCGCGAGACCCGGUUACCAUGGCAACGCUCCGCGGGUCUCGCGAGAGUUAUGAGAAGAGAGAAGACAGGAGAAGAAGCUGUGUUCUGCCUGGCUGGGCCCCCUCUGCGGUAACAGGGAGCAGGGGGCCCGCGGCUGCACACAUAGAUAGCGAUAUGCGCUAUCUAUGUGUGCAGAAAGGGAAAGUGGGGCCCAGGACUGCCAGAGCAGUCCGGGCCCCCCAGGGCCGCCGGGCCCGUGACAACAGUCACGGUUGUCACCCCCUGAUGGCGGCCCUGGCCAGCAUGAUUCAAACACAGCCCUGGCCAAUCAGCAUCUUCUCAUAGAGAUGAAUUGAAUCAAUGAAUCUCUAUGAGGAAAGUUCAGUGUCUGCAUGCAGAGGGAGGAGACACAGUGCUGCCCUGUGCUCUGCUGACAGCAGAUCUGAGUGGAUUGAGGAGUUUUAUGCCUCAAUCAACUCCGAAGUCCCUCUGGUGGCAUUCUGAGUGACUGCAACUGGAGGUGUUCCUAGCCUUCAAUGUAAACACUGUAUUUUCUCAGAAAAUACAGUGUUUACAUGAGAGGCUGCAGGGUUUUCUCAGAAAAUAGUGUUUACAUGAGAAAGGCUGCAGGGAGCUAUAGUUCUCACCUGAACAACCUCAUUAAACUGAAGUUGUUCAGGUGACUAUAGUGUCCCUUAAGAUAGAAAACAGUGACAGAUGGAUUUGGACCCAAAAUAGGAACUGUCAUUUAAAAAAAGGAUAAACGGGAGGUAUAAAAUCCUGGGAUCCAACCCCCAUAAUAGGUAUUGUGGUGUGCAACACACAUUACAGUGGAGCUGUCAACGUUGACUAUAUUAAGUGAUCUACAUUUGCUAGCUAACAAGAACAUGCAGUAUUUUCAUUAUUCAGUUUCUGCAAUGGUUUAAUAUUCUCUUUCCAGAUAAAAGGCUCUUGGACCGGCAAAAACAGAGUUCAAAACCCAUACAGUCAUGGUAAUCUAGCGAAGAACUGCUGUGAAGUUUUAUGUGGGCCUGUGCAACCGAGGUACUGGCCAUUUGGUUGCCUUUUCUAGUAGUUUACGUAAUUCAAACUGAUUUAUGGUUAUUUUUUGUCUUUUUCUUUCAUUGAAUGCACAAUUGUUCUAACCCCAAAUCGGGCCUGAAGCAUGAUUGACAGCAUGAUAGCAUUGAGUUAAAAAUGCCAAUAUAAUGAAAAAUUUACAAUUAAAAAUUAAAAUUAAAGUGACACUAUAGUCACCCAGGCCACUUCAGCUCAAUGAAGUGAUCUCGGUGCCAGGUCCCUCAGGUUUUAACCCUUCACAUGCAAACAUAGCAAGUUCAGAGAAGCUGCUAUGUUUACAUUUGGGGUUAAGCAAGCCUCUAGUGGCUGUCUUCCGGACGGCCACUAGAGGCGCAUCUGCGACGCUGGAGGCAUAUUAUGCCUCCAUCACGCAGAGCGUCCAUAGGAAAGCAUUGAGAAAUGCUUUCCUAUGGACACUUUGAAUGCGCGCACGGCUCUUGCCGCGCAUGCACAUUCCGCUCGCUGACGUCGGCGGGGGAGGAAAGGUCACCAGCGCCAAGGGAGCCUGGCGCUGGAAUAAGGUAAGCUGCGCGCUAUGGGAGGGGGACCCUGAGGGUGGGGGCACCCUUAGGGCACUAUAGUGUCAGGAAAACCGCUUUGUUUUCCUGACACUAUAGUGAUCCUUUAAAUCUUUGCCUUGCUAGCACAAUAUAUAGAUAGGAUUUUACUCUCAAAAUUGUGAAAACCAUCAUGCAUGACAAGACUUUAGUGUAACAUUGCAGUAUACGUGGGAAGUUCAAGAAUAAAUUAAAACAUGUGCAUUAUUAUAAAAAUGGUCCUAAAACACCAGCGGGCAAACAGAUCAAAAAAUAAGCCCCAUUUGUUAUUUCUAAUAUGCAGGACUGUCACAGAUGGGAUGGUGGCCCUGUCACUUCAUGGGGUAAAAAGCUUCUAAAUGUCUUUGUACAGUGUCUUAGCUAUUUCUGCACACGCAAUAGCUAAAGCACUGAGUGAUAGCUCCUAUUCUCACCCUGUGAUUGAGCUAAUUUGUAAUUAUAUCAUCACCCAGAUUAAUAUGAUACCUGUUCCUUCUGAAAUGUUACCUUGUCCUUCCUUUCAAUCUAUUUUGCCCUUGCCAUUUUAAAGGUUAAUAUGCAGACUUUCUCCUCAAUAAAUGUGUCCUUACACAGUAGGUUAGAUGGUCUUAAGCUAGAAACAUAGUUUCUGCAAUUUUCCCUUCACCUUGCCACACGUUAGGGUUAAACUUUAAAAGUGAUGUGCAAUCACGUGUCCCUGGGCUCCAGCGGAGGAAUUCAAUCAAAGCAGAAGGAGUGUGUACCAUAGCUGUGUCCAUGAGCAAAAUGAAACUGUAGCAUCUUGAGUUAAAACAUAAUUUAUUAUCCAGUAAAGGAAAAAAAUAAUAAUAAAUUGACCCCAAAAUGCUGCAAUAAAAUAGCUUAGAGGCAGCUCACCAACAGCAAGCUAAUUCAUUAUGCAUGAUUGGCAGUCCAGUGCACAGGGUGCUUUCUGGGUAAUAAAAACUAAGUCUUAACACAACAUAUUUUGAGCUUGUUUUGCUUGUGGACUUACCUGUGUUAUACGUUUCAUACAAAACUUACUGUGCUAAGAUUAACAGUAAUUGCAUUAGAAAAAAAAAUCAGAGUAUUUGUUUUUUUUUACCUGCAGAGGGAGACGUGACCCUUCAAUCCCAUUUAAUGCUCCCCAACACAACUCCUGUCCUCUAAACCCAUAUUUUGGUUCAGGUGAUCCGAAAAUUUUCACUAAAACGUAAAACUGUCAUUCACUAAAGCAGUGGUUCCCAAUCAUGGCACACAUCCUUCUUACAAUUAGUAAAAUACUUUAUUUUUGUGCUAAUGCAUUUGACCUAAAAAUUAAUAUAAGACACAGGAAGUAGUACAAAGUGUAAUAUGCUCAUUUAGUAUAAAACACAAUUUGCAAUAUAUAAUAUUCUCUCAAACACUAGAAACCCUUGCUAUAACUUUACGUUUUGCGUUAUCAUUUAAUAGCAGCAAAUUGAUGGUAAGUAUUUUUCACAACUUUUUUUGAAGUCAUGCAUUACAGAUUGUUUAAAAAAUGUAAAGGUAUUACAAAGGAUGUAAAUGGUAAUGGGAUCUCCAGCUAUCUGCUAUUCAAAAAGCCGUUCUGGAGAAAUUAAUGUUUUGCUUCAUUGCAGCAUGCUCGAUAGAAGAGGGAUACUACAGGAACAAGCUGGACAUUCAGGACAAUCUGAACAAGAAAAUUGCACUACACAGCAGGAUCCGGUAUGUACCAUGCCAAAUGGUUUGCUGCAGUUGCCCUCCCCCUCCUUGGUGGAUCAAUGGAAAAUAAAAAUGAGGCUGUGUACGUGUAACAUUGUAUUAAGCUGAAUUAAAGGAAGGCUCUAUGCACCAUAUCCACUAUAGUUAACCAGCACCCAUUGCUUACAGCCUAUUAUCGCUACCAUAGAUCUUUUGUUUUUGUGUGUUUUGUUUUUUUUGGUUAGCUAACAGCUUGCAAACCUAGACAAUAUGUUAUUAUGUUUGGAUAAUAACUUAAGUUUAACAAUUUAGGAUAUUUAUGGUGACAUCGUUAUGUGUUUAUGUGUGUGUGAACAUAUUUAGGGUUAGUUAAAAGUCAUGACCACUAAAAAGGCACUUGAUAUAUAAUAAUAAAUAAUGCAAAAACACAUAGCAACCUUUUACUGCUAGCAGACUCUGUUACUGUACCUGUGUCGUAGCAGCAAGUCUCAGAAGCCAUGUGCCAUUGUGGCAUCUCCUCCUCUGGAGCCAAGUAUCAUUUGACACAGACAAACUACAAAGUGUCAUCUCUGUAUCUGCCCCUACUUACCUUCUGGCGAUGCACAAUUAAUGCUUUACAACAGGGGUGCCAAGAAGUUAAUCCCCCAGAUGUUGUAGAACUACAAUCCCCAUGAUGCUUUGCAUGCCUUCAGAGUGCUUUUAGAAUUACAAAGCAUAAUGGAAGCUGUAGUUUUUAAAAACUGGGGAUCUACUUUUUCGAUACCCCUGCUUUAAAAUAAGAGAUCUGUGCACUAUUAAAAGCCUUUUAUCAGAGUAUCGUAACCUUUUUGUUGAUUUUUGCCCUCUAGCUCCUUAUAUUUACCUGUUGAUUCAAUGUUUGACCAAACUUACGUCUUGCUGCUACUGACUUCUGUUAUCCUUGACCCGGUUUGACUCCUCAAUGCUUUGUACCUUCCCCAGAACACAGCUAUCCUAUGAAUAUUUUUUCAUUCCAGUUACCUCUCAAAGGUCUUUAUUUGCAUUAAAGGGACACUCCAGGCACCCAGACCACUUCUGCCCAUUGGAGUGGUCUGGGUGCCAACCCCCACUACCCUUAACCCUGCAAGUGUAAAUAUUACAGUUUUCAUAAACUGCAAUAUUUACAUUGCAGGGUUAACUCCUCCUCUAGUGGCUGUCUACUAUCUGGCUCUGACUCAGUCUAACGAUAUCUUGUUUCAUACAGUAUUGUAUUAUUGGUGACUGAUUCUCUGCUGUUGGAUCCAACCAGUUUCUUACACCUGCAACGUUUGGUGCAGGAUGGAUUUAUAGCAAAGUAAAACAGUAAAUUUAUAGACUUACAGGAAUUUUCACUCACCCUGUAGCUUUAAAAUAUAAUGGCUUAAGCUUGUGAUUAAAUUCAUAUUGACCAAUCCCCAAAUGCUGAUGUGUGCAUUUUGCGUAGCAGCACGCUCUGAAUUCUUGCAUACUGUUAUCGUCAUUUGGCAAUAGGCAUACGUGCAUACACGUUUUUAAUAUUUAUACUUCUCUUCCUAUAGUAACCUCAAAAUAAAGUUUUAAAACAUUAUGUGUAUUGUAGCCAUUUGGAUUUUUAAAUGUAAAAAAAUGAGGUACUGAUCUAUAUGUUGGCAUUUUAUAAAUGCAAAUAUUAUUAAUAAUAAUAAUAAUUACAUUUUUAGAAAAUGUACUACACCUGGCAUUUGUUUGCUGUGUUUUCAGAGGGUUUAAAAGUCUUAUAUAUCACAUGGAGCAAAUGACAUGAACAUUUUUUUUUUUUUUUUAAGGUUGCUGCUGCUGCUCCGCUGAUGUCCACCGAGUCAACUGAAAAUUCCCAACUCCCACAGGAGAAGCCACAACCCAACUCUCUUGAAAUGUCCAUUCAGAUUCCCAAAGAUGCCAGCGAAACAAAAAAUGUGGAAAAGUAG